AGCCAGGCUGCUGUAAAUGGACGUAAUCGGAGAGGAGAGGGGGAGGGCUGUGUAUUGUACCUGUAUGUGGACUCUCGGUGUUAGGAAGUGCCAGAGCGGGGCUGAGGGCACCACCAGCGGUACUGCCAGCCGAAUUCCACCCCGUGCCGAGUAGGGCAGUAACUGUGACCGUAUUAUUGGGAGCAGUGUGUUCACUGUGGGCUUGGCUGUGUAACUGGCAUGAGGAGAUAGUGGGCACCUCACUGCCAGUGUAUGGAAUAACCUGUAACACGGGCUCUCACUGCUCGGGGUGACUGACUCCCGGGUGCUGUACUCGGUGCUCUGCCGUGCAGUGUGCUGGAGGAUGCCAGGCUGGUGGAGUGUGUGCCUGGCGCUGGCUGCCCUCUGCCCGGGCUGCUCUGGGCACUCCCUGGAGUGGUUCACGGCUGUGCUCCGCACCGAGUACACCGACCCUUUCACCAACAUGACGGUGCUGAACACCACGGAGAGCGGCACCUACGGCGACCAUUCCCCGAAGGAGAGCGUGCGGGGCUGGGUGGGCUACCCGCGGGACCCAGAGCUAUUGGAAGGAUGCCACCCGGAUACCCAGUUCACGGUGCCCGGCAUGUCCCCGGCGGCCCUGGAGGCUGAGGAUGCCCAUCCCUGGAUUGCCCUGGUGGCCCGUGGAGGAUGCACAUUCAAGGAGAAAGUUUUCAUCGCUGCCCGCAGGAAGGCAUCCGCCGUGGUCAUCUAUAACGAUGUGAAGAGUGGCGAUGCCACCGUGCCUAUGUCACACCUAGGUAAGCCCAAUAAUACAUACAGCGAGCUUCCCAUGGCACCCUGCUGGGACCUGCCGUACUGUGCCAUCUGUAUCCCAGCUCAGAGAUACUCUGUCUUGCAGCACACACUGGGUACAUGAGGAGUGGGCACCUUGGAGGGAUGGUUUGUACAAUCCUGUCUUCUCCAAAAUGUCAUUCACACUGUAUCCAGCAAUAGGAUGCACUGUACUGACCAUUGUAUAUGAUUUAUACCAGGUGAAUUCCAUUUAUACUUUGAGGGAGAUGGAUUGAAGUGUUGUGUUUUGAAAAUCGUCCUGACGUUUUUAAGGUGAAAAAAAUCACUAGGCGGAAUGUUUCUGUUUAUUGCAUUGGUUACCACAGCGAUUGCUCCAGUUUUAGAACUUUGCAUCUUUUUUUUUUUUUUUUUAAAUAUGGCAUUUCAAAAAAAGUGUCUGUGUUCGCUUUAAUUAAUAGGAGCUCGUUUUCAUUUUAAAUUUGUUUUUGGAUAUAAUUGGGGCUCAGUUGUUACCAUGGUAGCUGUUGUGCCAGGUAUACCAAAUUCAGUGACAGAAGGAUGUGUAGUUGAUAAGAUGCCAAUCUAGGACACGUGCCAAAUGGUUAAAUAGUUUACAGAGCUGUGUUUUUGUUGAUUGAGACUUCUGGGAGAAUGUGACGCAACUUAAGUACUUUAUCACGGAUGUGUUUUGAAUGUUUAUUUUUUUGUACUGCAUAUUUUACAAUCUUUUACAUCAUCAAUGUGAUGAAACUGUGGGGUUAUGUAUAGGAAGUGUUGUAUUCAGAAAAGUGAUUCAAGGUACCAAAAGUCACCAUGAAAACUAGUGGAACGAGUAAGCAUGUUACAUUGAUGACUCUGCCCCUUCUUCGUGUUUGCAUAACUUUUCAGAACAGACACUUAUGCAAAAAAAGUCUCUAUUGUAACAUGAAAUGUGACAUUGGUGUAAGGCCAUUCUACUACAAUAAAACUGUAUUUUGGGUUUACCUCUUAUUAUUACACAAACCAGCAUUUGUGUUGGUAAUAAAUUGUUAAUAUCUGUUCAAAUAUGGAUGUUAUGCCUUCAAGGCACAGUGGAAUUUGUAUUUAGUUUGUACAUGUUAAGCUUAUUUAUAAUCUCACAUCUGGAUCCAUCACUAGAUAUACUUUUAAUAAUGCCAAAUGUUUUUUGUGGGUUUUUUUUUUCUUUAGGGUGAUGGCAUCUACUUUCAUUGUGACUGUAAUGUGUUGUACAAUAUUGACACAAUACAUUUUAUAGUAAAAUUUCAUUCUUGCCUCUGCUGCUAUAUUUGAUCUCCAAAAUAUACACAUAAAAAGUGCUUGCUUAAUUUGCUUUCAGUCCUGGAGGACUAAAUUUGUAGAAAAAGCACAACUAGUUCCUAAUAUCACAAUUUUAUGAGGCUGUGCAGAGUACUGUUUGCACUUGUAAAUGCCAGAUAUGGCAGGUUUGGUUCAGAUGUUGUUCAUUAUGUUUUGCUAUUUGGAAUUUCUAAAUAUUUAGCUUAUUGUUCCUUGAGCUCAAACAAAAACUAUUUUAACUUUGUUUCCUAUGUAGUUGUGAAAUAGCGAAUGUAGACCUCAGCACAGAAUAAUAUGGAGAUGCUUAUUAUUUACUGUUCAAGAAUUUGCACCUGGUCUAUUCACUAAGAACUGAAUUAUGGUCGAGUUUAAAAUCAAAUUGUAAGACGAACAGAAUUAUCUAAAUUGGGGGGGGGGGGGAAAGCUCAAUUGUGCUAUUUUUUUACUCUGUUCUGGUGCACGAAAUGAUGCAAUUAUUAUUAUUUAUAUAGCGCUAACAAAUUCCGUAGCACUGUACAAUGGGUGGACUAACAGGCACGUAAUUUUAACCAGACAAAUGGACGCACAGGAACAGAGGGGUUGAGGGCCCUGCUCAAUGAGCUUACAUGCUAUUCUGUUGCAAAAUCAAUACAAUACAUUGUUUAGUGAAUAACUCCCCCCAGUCCCUCUAACGUCCGAUUUUGAUUUGGACUUUGACAUUUAUACACACUGUUGAGUCAGUCAUUUGCACAGACAAAAUAUUUGAUUUCUUCAUUUUCCUUUUUCUUAAAUACAAGCAGUAAUUACACUUCCAUUCAUAAGCUAAAAAAAACUCCCUUUUAUUUUUUUUAUAUUGUUUAUUGUAUUCCAAUUUAAUUAGUGACAGUUAAUUAGGCCAGUGAGCUUUUUUUUUCUUUCUUUUUUUGCCAGUUUCAUUGAAACAGCAUUGUGCCCAAUAUUGUGACAUUACAAAAUUGCCUGGAAACAGGUAAAUGAGUUUUAUUCAUAUAGUUAUUAACAAAACACUGAGUUUGGCAUACACAGUAUCAUGUUUACAUAGAUGGCUCAACGAACACCUGAAUUCUAUCAUAUUGGUUUGGGCCUUUGUAUAAACCUUUUUUAUUUCUCCAUAUUUCUCAUUUUUCUCAAGGAAAGUAUUCUGGCUUACUUUGAUAUUGAGAUUUUAGCCUACAAUAGAGUAACAUACUAUCUAAUACUUUUCUUCAGAGUUAGUUUGACUUGUCAAAACUCAAGCUCCUAUAACCUAUGAUUGCACAUUUUGGAAAAUAGGUUAAAUAAAAUUGUUAUAACAAAAUAUAAAAAAAAAUAAAAACCUUUGGGAUAUUUGUCAAGUGUUUUCUGCCAAAAGUGGUGCAAAAGUGUAGGCUGAGUCUCCGGUCGAGCCCCCCCUGCACUUUGGAUAUGGGCAUUGCUCUUCGGCGCACUAAGUGAUAUGGCUUUUCUCUAUUUUCCUGGUGUACCCUGCCGGUGGCAGCCUGCUUUCUGUCUGUUCUUAUGCUCUUUUUUUUUCUCUCUUCCUUUAUUUUUUCCCUCUUUUUUUCCUCCUCUGUUUCCUGUACAGUUCUUUUUUCAUUUUUACCUCCUCUUGUUCCCCCACUUGAGAAACGCUUAAUUUAACUGUAUAAAAACCCUUGGAGAGUGGAAUCAAACACCUCUUACUUCGCAUACUGUCUGUUGGCGGUUUAUGUUAUCUCCAUAUUGAACGUUUUAUUGUUCUGCCUAGCUUUCUUGUUCACAUAUACAGUGCAUACCAAUGAGUAUGUUAAUGCAAAACUCUAGGGCAUUGUGUUUCUUAACCUAUUGGUGUUACUAACUUUUUGUGUUCACCACUAAUACAAAGAAGUAUCAAAUAGCUUCUUUAUUCAUAACUAUCGUUGCAAUAAUUUUUGUUCUUUUACCGUCAUGUAAUGAUGUGAUGUCAUGAAAAUGCCUUUUCUAUGUACCACCGACUGUCUAAGAUUUAAAAAAAAAUUGAAAACAAAAAAGUUUAGCAUGGACAGAGUCACCAAUGAAGUGUACCUACUGGUUCAUCUGGUUGCCCUGGCACAUGCCCCACUAUUAUUACUGUAGACUAGUUUUUGGAACAUAAUAUUUCGAUAAAUAAACCCCCUGUUGUUAUUCCAACAUGCUCAAUGCAUUUCCAAGAUGAUACAUAAGGCUUGUAUUUCAACGUUUUAUUCAACUAGAAUUCAAGCAAAGGCAAAUUUAUGUACAUAAUUUAAUUCCAUGUCGCCUGUAGGUGCCAAACCUUGUCUCCUGGCUCUUUAUUAAUUCUCUGGCUGUUGAAGGUGAUACAAUGUUGCUUUAGGAAAAAGCAUAUUAUUGUGGUAUAGAGGUUGUAGUUGAUUCAAUGUUUUUUAAUGCUGCUCUAUCCAUAUCUUUUGAUCUGUAAAUUACUUAAUACCAGCUGUGGGUGAAAAUGAUGGAGUUGGUGGUAUAUUGGUAUUGCAUAUUGAAAUCCAAACUACAAAGCUCGGGCAUCCACAGAUAAUUUGCUAAAUUUCUCCACAUCUAAUAUAAUCGCAGCUUGGAUAUUUUUGCCUUAAUUUUGCUGUUUGUUUAUAAGUUUAUUCAUAGUUUAAUGAAUAAAUGCUAUUAUGUAUUAAUGUCAUUCUUAGUAGUACAUAAAAAAAUCCAUGUGGAUCACUAGCCAAAAUUAUUAAUCCUAUAUUUGUUCCCUUCCUUCUUCUCCAAUUUACAUAACUCCAGUGAUCCGCUGUCACUUUCUGGACCACUUGUUUUGUGUUAUGAGAGUACUAACUACUGUAGGAGUAAUUUGUGGGAGUAUUGUGCAUGUGCUAUGUACAUCACUCACAUAGACAUUAGCUGUUAGUCUCUCCCAUAAAGAAAAAUGGAAGCACUUUAGGACGAUAAGUUUAGUUGGCCAAAAACUCACUGUCAGUAGUACUGCUCUAAAUCUCAGGUUUGAAAUUUUCCAGAGUCAAACCCAUCCUUUCAUAUUUUCUGAGUUCAGCACAAUGGGUAUCAGUGAUUUAAACUUUUAUCAAAUGCCGAUAAGUGAGAAUAUGUCAGCUGAAGUCUGUCCAUUUCCUUUCCUUUUGGGUGGAAGAAAAGGCCUAUGCAAGUAUGUAUAUUAACAUUCAAAUGAAUUGUGCAGAACCGUGGUCUUUAAGGAUACUGUUUUUUCUGUAAUCAAUUUGAUGGAGUGAUUUUACAACCCAGCCAUACUGGCAUACUUAUGUCUUUUAAUCAGGUCCUUAAUGCAUGUUUGUUUUUUUUUAUUAAGGGACACUGCAGUCACACAGACCACUUCAUCUCAUUGAAGUGGUCUGGGUGCAGUGUCUCUAUCACUUUAGCCGUGGAACGUAAAACAUUGCAAUUUUUGAGAAACUUGUUUUCUUUGCUGGAUAAAGUCUACCUCUAAUGCAGGGCUGCCCAACAGGUAGAUCCCCAGAUGUUGUGGAACUACAACUCCCAUGAUGCUUUGCAUGCCGUUAGAAUGCAUUUAGAAUGACAAAGCAUCAUGGGAGUUGUAGUUCUACAACAUCUGGGGAUCUACCUGUUGGGCAGCCCUGCUCUAGUGGCUGUCAGUAAAACUAAGGAGAGCAUUGGGUUGGAUUAUCUAGGAGGAGUUCAUGCCUCUUCUGUGAUGUUACUAAAGGUAGAGAGGUAAACAGUGCGAGGGAGUCUCAGCGCUGGAAAUAGGUGAUUUUAUUAAUGUAAUUAUAUUUAAAAAAGAAUUGGUAUUCCAAAUGCUAUAAUGUUCCAUUAAUUACAGUUGCUGAGUAGUGAGUACCUUUCUAUAUCAAAGUAUCUUGUUUGAUUUAUUAAGUUCUAAAUCUAUAUGUUUAUUCAAAUUCACAUUGGUGGUUAUGUAUACAAAUUGUUUACUUUAACUUAUGUGUGCAUGCAGCAGAAUGUAUUUAUAUAUACAGUAUUUCACAAAAAUGAGUACACCCCUCACAUUUUUGUAAAUAUUUUAUAUCUUUUCAUGUGACAACACUGAAGAAAUGGCACUCUGCUACACUGUAAAGUAGUAAGUGUGCAGCCUGUAUAACAGUGCAAAUUUGCUGUCCCCUCAAAAUAACUCAACACAUAGCCAUUAAUGUCUAAACCGUUGGCAUCAAAAGUGAGUACACCCCUAAGUUGAAAUAUCCAAAUUGGGUCCAAAGUGUCAAUAUUUUGUGUGGCCACCAUUAUUUUCCAACCCUCAUGGGCAUGGAGUUCACCAGAGCUUCACAGGUUGCCACUGGAGUCCUCUUCCACUCCUCCAUGACGACAUCACAGAGCUAGUGGAUGUUAGAGACCUUGUGCUCCCCCACCUUCCUUUUGAGGAUGCCCCACAGAUGCUCAAUAGGGUUUAUGUCUGGAGACAUGCUUGGCCAGUCCAUCACCUUUACCUUCAGCUUUUUUAGCAACGCAGUGGUCGUCUUCGAGGUCUGUUUGGGGUCGUUAUCAUGUUGGAAUACUGCCCUGCAGCCCAGUCUCCAAAGGGAGGGAAUCAUGCUCUGCUUCACUAUGUCACAGUACAUGUUGGCAUUCAUGGUUCCCUCAAUGAACUAUAGCUCCCCAGUGCCGGCAGCACUCAUGCAGGCCCAGACCAUGACACUCUCAUCACCAUGCUUGACUGUAUGCAAGACACACUUGUCUUUGUACUCCUCACCUGGUUGCCCCAACACAUGCUUGACACCAUCUGAACCAAAUAAGUUUAUCUUGGUCUCAUCAGACCACAGGACAUGGUUCUAGUAAUCCAUGUCCUUUGUCUGCUUGUCUUCAGCAAACUGUCUGCAGGGUUUCUUGUGCAUCAUCUUUAGAAGAGGCUUCCUUCUGGGAUGACAGCCAUGCAGACCAAUUUGAUGCAGUGUGCAGUGUAUGGUCUGAGCAUUGACAGACUGACCCCCCCACCCCUUCAACCUCUGCAGCAAUGCUGGCAGCACUAAUAUGUCUAUUUCCCAAAGACAACCUCUGGAUAUGACGCUGAGCACGUGCACUUAACUUCUUUUGUCGACCAUGACAAGGCCUGUUCUGAGUGGAACCUGUCCUGUGACACCGUUGUAUGGUCUUGCCCACAGUGCUGCAGCUCAGUUUCAGGGUCUUGUCAAUCUUCUUAUAGCCUACGCCAUCUUUAUGUAGAGCAACAAUUCUUUUUUUUUCAGGUCCUCAGAGAGUUCUUUGCCAUGAGGUGCCAUGUUGAACUUCCAGUGACCAGUAUGAGAGAGCGUGAGAGCGAUAUCACCAAAUUUAACACACCUGCUCCCCAUUCACACCUGAGACCUUGUAACACUAAUGAGUCACAUGACACCGGGGAGGGGAAAUGGCUAAUUGGGCCCAAUGUAACAUUUUCAAUUAGGGGUGUAUUAACUUUUGUUGCCAACGGUUUAGACAUUAAUAGCUGUGUGUUGAGCUAUGUUGAGGGGGACAGCAAAUUUACACUGUUAUACAGGCUGUACACUUAAUACGUUACAUUGUAGCAGAUUGUCAUUUCUUCAGUGUUGUCACGUGAAAAGAUAUAAUAAAAUAUUUACAAAAAUGUGAGGGGUGUACUCACUUUUGUGAGAUACUAUAUAUAUAAAACGGUUAUUCCACCUUUAUUUAUUCAUACCUUUUUUCUGCUUUUUCUGUAGUGCUUCAAAAUAAUACAUUUUUCUGGCUCCUUUUAUUUCCUUUUGGAUUAUUUGCUUAUUUUAUUCUGCUGAUUUUACUGUGAUUACAUUCACAAAAUGAGACAAAUUAGUAAUAUUGCUAGGAAACAAGAUGCAGUCACACUUUAAAGGAUUUUUGUAUUCUUUAAAAAAAGAUGUGAAAGCUUCCCUUAGCUUCUUCAGUAUAUCCUCUACUCUGAUAACAUGGAAAAAGUUGUCGAAAAAAAAGUAAUUUGCACUUUUUGUACGCAUGGCACAGUUGCGAACCAAAAAAACAAAACCAAGUGAAAAGGAAAAUAAAGUUAAAGAAGAGGUGUAGUAAAGAAUAUUUUGGUUGCAAAUAAGGGGUUCAAAUAGUAAAGGUGCCAGAAAAAAACUGUCUGUAAUUGAACACUUUUUAUUCAUAACCCCUAUUGUGUUCAGACUUGAUUUUCUGGCCAAGGACAAUUCAAGUAUUUUAGAUCAAUGUUAAUACUCCCUUCUUCAAACAAAGUACAGGUGGGGCUGCCUUGGGGGCAAACAAUGAGAGACACACACCAGUUUUUUCAACCAGACCUGUUCCACAAUUGUCAAGCUACUGUUUUGUACUGUUGUUCCUUUUUUUUUCUUUUCUGUUUUCCAUUAUUUAGUAAGUGUUUUGGCAACUGUUCUUUAGGCAGAUAAUGAACAAACACAUGUUAUGCGGGAAUUCAAAAAGGAAAAAACACAUGGGAACAUCUGGAUCGAGAUAGAUGUCUCAUCUGCAUUCUUCAGUGUAAAUUGAUCAUUUGAGAUAGUAUGCACUCUCUAGAUUUUAGUUAUCUUCUGUCACCUAAUUUAGAAUUGAGAGUCUUCAAUAUGUUGGUGGUUUGUGUGCCUGUGUGUUUUUAUGUUAUAACCCUUUGAUCGUAUAAUUACCCCCUAUGGAAAUGUAGUAAGCAAAUAUUUGUUGUAUGGUCAGUAAUAAGCGGUGCACAAGUGAUUAUAUUAUUGAACCAUGGCAAUACUGAUGAUCCAAAUUACAGUUCCCAGCAUCUUAGGCCAAGCAAAAUUAUGAUAAGACUAGCAAUUACAAUUUUACAGGUAUUUUCUAAUCUUAUUUAAAGAAUAAACAGAGGGGGCAAAAGUGGUAUGAGGGAGAUUAAGCAAUCAUUUCUGGGCCAUUUAGUUUACUUGUGGUAUUUUGUGCGAGAUUGCUGGGCUUGGUCCUUGGCAAUAUAAAAUUCUGAAAAAUGUCUUAGUAUAUUGUUUAUUCAAGCCCUUAGGGAUGGUACAUUAUAAAGCUGAUUUGAUGCUACUGUAAUAAUUGUUUCUGGUCUGCUGACCCCCACUUAUUGCCCAUAAUAGCCAUAUUAACAUUUACCUAUAUUAUUUCUGGUAUUACCAUAAAGCACUCCAUCCAAAUGAAACCAAGUAGUUUGUGAGAAUGAUUCAUACGCAUAUUUGCAAUUAUUAUUUAACCAAUGUUUGUUUUACCUCUGUGUUCGGUACCCCAGUUUUGUGAUGUGUGAUAUUGUUACAUUGCUUUUAGGGUCAUAUAAAUAAAUUCCAUUAUUAAAUUUGGUUAUAUGUUGAAUAUUCAGAAUCUUCCUUACAUUACAUGUAGGUGUGGGUAAGUAACGCAAAUAAAUCCAAUCAAAUCAAUAAUGCUGGCUGUAACGGAGCUCUCCGUACUCCGACUGAGUACCCUCCAUUGAUGGAUGCUUUCUAGCUUGCGCUGAGGACCACAAGCACCGCAGACUCCGCAACUGCUGUAGCUUGACUGGAGUCUUCCUUCCACCCUGGAUCAGCUUAUGUUCUCCUGGAUUGUGUGAGUAAGACCUCUUCCUUUCACCCUGCAUGAACCUCCAAACAUCCAGGAUUGUGUGGGGAAGACCCUUCCUCAAAGGAGAGCGUGUCAGAAACAAGCUCUUAAAAGAACUAAGUGAUUCAAGCUCAGGAGAGUAUGCAGAGCAUAGCAAUCCCCAGUGUGAUUAUAACAGCUCCCUCCAAUAACAAGACAAGGCUAUGUUUAGAGGGAUCAAGAAGAACUGUCUAAACCUUUAUUUCCCUUGGGACCAGCCCAUAGGGUCACCACAUUAACAUUGCUGUAAUAACUCAAUAAAAUCACAAACAGUCAAACCAUAGCAGGCAACACAAAGUGACUUAUCACAACACAAUGGCAUAUUUUUAAAGGGGUGGGGGAGACAAUAUUUAACAGAAAAUAUCUCACCUGCCUGCAGAAUUAGCAAUAUGCAAAUCUACCCGAAUAUGCAAAUGAACCAGUCUUGCUAUUCAGGUCGUGCAUAUUGCUGUUGCUACCAACAGAGGGCACUAGACAAGCUCCAUAGCCAAAUCCACCUUGUUGGUAGCAAACCUCAGCAGUACAGGAGAGCAGGCAAUACAUUUCACAGUACACACACACACUAUAAACAAUUACAUUACACACACCCUGCACCUAUAAUGGGUACAGGGUGACUAAAACAUAAGAGAAAUAAAGCAACCUACAUAAAUAGUCUGUCUGAAGGUAGAAUAGGGGCUUUAAAGCUAAAUACAUCAAAGAGUCACAGUCACAGGGGAGGAGGCUGGCAAGCAGGCCUCUCCAGGACCAUGUGGCGAAGGGCACUUCGUCACACUGGCAUUUUUUUCCAGUAAAAUACAGAAAGAAAAUUAAAGAAAGUGGAAAAAAAAAUCUUUAUCCAUUUUGAAUUGGGAAUAUAAAUUGUAAAUAAAAAGUCAAAUGGAUAUAUAGCAAUACUAGGUAAUAUUUCCCAACUGUGCAAUGUAGAUUAGCUCAAAGGCACUUGGCCAGAUAGUCAAGUCAUAGUUGCUAACGACAGAUAUUGUCACAACAGUAUUAAACUCGGGGUACAGAUAAUAACUUAUUUGCUGAAACAUCAGUAAUAUAAAUGUCAUUAUAAUAUUUUGUUUACAUCUGACAAGUUUGUUAUGUCUGGGCUAUCGUUGGUAAGGUGAACCUAUUAGCACAUUUAUUGCAAUAAACAUAAAUUCCUUUGCAAGAAGAAAACAUAUGAUGUAACCACCUGCACCAAGAUAGAUAGAUUGAUAACUUAGAAACAUAGAAUGUGACAGCGGAUAAGAACCAUUGGCCCAUCUAGUCUGCCCAAUUUUCUAAAUAUUUAACUAGUUCCUGGCCUUAUCUUAAAACUAGGAUAGCCUUAUGCCUAUCCCACGCAUGCUUAAACUCCCUUACUUUGUUAAGCUCUACCACUUCAGCUGGAAGGCUAUUCCAUGCAUCCACCAUCCACUACCCUCUCAGUAAAGUAAUACUUCCUGAUAUUAUUUUUAAACCUUUGUCCCUCUAAUUUAAUACUAUGUCCUCUUGUUGUGGUAGUUUUUCUUCUUUUAAAUAUAGUCUCCUCCAUUACUGUGUUGAUUCCCUUUAUGUAUUUAAAUGUUCUAUCAUAUCCCCCUGUCUCGUCUUUCCUCCAAGCUAUACAUGUUAAGAUCCUUUAACCUUUCCUGGUAAGUUUUACCCUGCAAUCCAUGAUCCGGUUUAGUAGCCCUUUUCUGAACUCUUUACAAAGUAUCAAAGUCUCAGAACAGAGAAGACAUCAGAAUGAUGAUGUUUAAUACAGUGCAGCAGUAAGCUUGUUACUAUGCGAAAUAAAGUUGCUACACACAAUAUAAUGUCUAUGAAGCUUAUAACGGGACACCCCUGCCAGGUUCAAUGCUUUCUUAUGAUCCACAAAUUCAUAAUGAGCGGUUUUGAAGUAGUUCGUCUUUUACUAAAGAUGUGCAUUUCCUAGAUAUUGAUUUUCAGUUGCUUAAACCCUCUGUAGAUCUUUCCAACAAUACCCAUAUUUACUAUUUACUACACUAGGUUUAGGCAAGAAUAAAAUCUUAGACUCAGAGGCCCUGCGAUAGAAAUUGCAUAUUUCCAUCUCACUGUUCAGCGGAUCCUUUAUUUUUGCUGCAUUGUACAUUAGAGAAAUAUGAUGAGAAUUUAGCACUGGGUUUCGUAGAAGUCCCGGUCCCACACCAUCUUCCCUGACAGUCAUAACAUGCUCUGCCAUUUGUAACUUGUUAUAUUUAAUGCUUUUGCUAAUGAUUAUAUAAUUGUUUUUAUAUAAUACAUUAUGUUCACAUUUCAGAUUUAAAUAUCUACUUUCUUAUUUAGCUGUGUUUUAUUUCUAGUUAACUUGAUCUGUGCUGAAUGAGGCUAAACAAUGCACAUACAUUUUCUGCAUAAUAUAGCUGUAGUAUUAAUCUUCUUAGUCCUUUAAAGUUAUCAUCAAAGGGAUUCUCCAGUGCCAGCAAACCAAACCCGUUUUCCUUGCACUAGAGAAUACUGGAGUUCCCCCCAAUAAGCUGUAGUUGUUCUGGUGACUAUAGUGUCCCUUUAAAAGGACACUAUUGUUACCAAAACAACUACAGCUUAAUGUAGUUGUUCUGGUGAGUAUACUCAUUCCCUUUGGGCAUUUUAAUGCAAACACUGUCUUUUCAGGACACUUCCAAGUGGCCAUUCCUCAGAUGGCCACUGUUGGUGCUUCCUGGCUCAGUGCUGCACAGUAGGCAGCAGUGCCAUUCAGCAACUCCACGCUCUGCAUGGGAAAUCUAAAUGUUUUCACAUAGGGAUGCAUUGAUUCAAUGCAUCUCUAUGAGGAGGUGCUGAUUGGCGAAAAUAGCGUUUGGCCCCAGCCCCUUGCCUAUUUCAGCCAAUGCUCAUGGGGAAGCAUUGCACUGGCUAAAAAUCAGCAAUUCUGAUUGUCACCAAUGGGGCGGCGCUAGCGCUGGCGGACCUGGAAAUAAGAUGGGUUUUAAUUGCUUUUAAGGGAGCUAAGGGGGGCAAGCCACCUAAAAUGUGGGUUAAACACUAUAGGGUCAGGAAUACAUGUUUCUGUUCCUGACCCUAUAGUGAUCCUUUAAUGUAUUUUGGUUGACCAUGUAAUUAUCAUUUAAUAUAUAUAUAAAGCUGUGCUCUUGUGUUCAUGACUUGACAAAGAACAUAACUCCUCCUGAUUGUUUGAUUGGCAAUUACAUGCAAAUUUAUAGUAAUGCCUUAUUUAUUAUAUUUUCAUUGAACAUCCUCUCUGCUGCUCCUAUAAGAAUUGUGUACAGCUGUUUAAUGUUUGCAAUAACCAGGGAAUUUUAAAUUUAACAUUAGUUGCAAAACACACAAACAUAAGACUGAGUGAUACGGUUGAUCACGGAAGAGCUGGAUGUGAAAAAUGUGUUGAUUUAGGACAUAAUGGCUAGAUCAAUUUCUAUAUAUAAAUAUAUAUAUAUAUAAUGUAUUUGUUUUUACCAUCACAUUUUCUUUGCUUCAUAGAAAUUGUAUUGAUCAUGGAUCAUUUCCUCUUUAUGGAAAAGCUCACAUGAAAAUAUAUGCUCUUGAACAUUCUGCUGAUGUGACAGCAACCAUUUACUUCUGCAUUUCAAACGUAGCAACAAAAUCUAUAUAACCUGAGUAUACAUCUUUUAGUGCGGGAAGUGUGAACUCUAUGUGCACUAUUAAAAAUAACUUACACUUACACAUUAGGCAAAAUUAGAGCAUGCUUAAUUCCAUAUUACUUUUUGAAAGAAUGACUAGAAAAUCUAAAAAUAAAGAUUGUCAAAAAAAAAAUCCAUAUUACCUUUACAGCUUCUUCAAUUCAUAAAAAUAUUUUACCUAACACAGAUCAUUUAUAAACAUUCUAAGCGUUACUGCUAGUUUGGAAUGGAAUGUGCCCUAUUUUGUAGAUACUACUUGUGGGAUCCCCUUAUUAAUUAUUUCAAACAUACCAUCUAUAUUUUUUUUAUAUUUAGAGUGAGCUACUUAGCUACUGGUUCCUGGCUGGUUUAAAACCCUGUCCCUAGCCCAUACCAUUUAACAAUAGCUUCUGGCCUUGGGUACACAAUUACCUCCUAUUGAAACAAAAAGUCUUGUUCCAACCAUUGUCACUUUUUUUUUUUUUUACUGUUCAAGUGCUGCUACUGGUUUGUUACUACUGACCACGCAGUGUGAGGGUUGCAUGCUUAGGUGUAUGUUUCUGUGCGUUACCAACAAGCCGUUAAUACAGAAAUGGUUGGAAUCUGCCGCCUAUGGUCACGGGGAAUUGAAGCCCCCUAGCUAGUAUAUAGUCUAGGGAACCACUACUUGCAUUAUUUUAUUCUUUUUGUGUUUAUCAAUUUUUUGCCCAGUGCCUUUGUAAAUAUUGUAGAUUACUGGUGAUUUGCCCUAAAAAAAAUGGUGCCACUUUAGCAAUUCAGUAAAUUGUAAGUGGUGUGUAUGUUCACACUCUUGGGGCCAUUUCUAUGGUCAUUUAUUUAGCAGACAGUGAUUUUCUCCAAACCAGAUGGGGACCUUUGCUCCUCUUUAAUGCCUAUAUCUAUCCAGGUAGUCUAUCUUUCUGUGUAUAACCUUUUUAAUGAAAGUAUUAAGCCAAAGGUUGACAACUGCAAUCUAGCCAUUGGAUCCAGGUCACAAUUUUCAGGAAACAGUUUUUGAUCACCCUAGGGUAUGCUAUAUAAUGAAAUUAGUAAGUUAGUAGGCAAAGAAGCUGCAUGGCUUAGUAUAACAUGCUUGAACAGGGGUUUUUUUAUUUUUUUAUUUUAAUGCAUUUGUCAGACUUGCAACAUGACUGGGCAAGCCUGUAAAAUAACUGUUAAUGGUACGGUUGUAAACAUGCUGGAUAGAUUCACUUGAAAGGUAUCUGUACUUGAGAAACAUAGAAAGUAUUAUGUACUUGAGGAACAUAGACAAACUGAACAAAAUAAGUUACAUAGAACUAUUUAAGUUUGGAAAACCUAGUUAAUCCCUUAAGGACCAAACUUCUGGAAUAAAAGGGAAUCAUGACAUGUCACACAUGUCAUGUGUCUUUAAGGGGUUAAAGGACCACUAUAGGCACCCAGACCACUUCAGCUUAAUGAGGUGGUCUGGGUGCCUGGUCCAUCUAGGGUUAACCCUUUUUUCUGUAAACUGCUAUGUUUAUGUUAGGGUUAAUCCAGCCUCUAGUGGCUGUCUCAUUGACAGCCGCUAGAGGGCUUCCGCGUUUCUCACUGUGAAAAUCAUCACAGCGUCCAUAGGAAAGCAUUGUGAAUGCUUUCCUAUGGACUGGCUGAAUCGCGCGCAGCUCCUGCCGCGCAUUUGCAUUCAGCCGAACAGGAGGAGGAGAGCUCCCCACCCGGCGCUGGAGAAAGAGGUAAGUUUAACCCCUUCGUCUCCAUCCAGCCUGGCGGGAGGGGGACCCUGAGGGUGGGGACACACUCAGGGCACUAUAGUGCCAGGAAAACAAGUAUGUUUUCCUGGCACUAUAGUGGUCCUUUAAGGAUGAAGGCAAGGAGAAGAGAAAUUAUAUAAUUGUACAAUUAAUAGGAGUAAGAGUGUUACAAAAUAUAGUUUGGCUCAAGAAAAGCCAUAGAACACCAUGAUGAAUAUUCAAGAUUUUCCAUGUAUUUUAGAAAAAAUUAGGGAUGUGCAUGGGCAAAAGAUUUGGUUCAGUUUGGAAAUUCGGGUAAGUAAAAUAAAAUUUGUCUGCUUUGGCAAUUCGGACCAAUGGCAUUCGGUUUGCUUCGGCACGUCCGAACUACCAAACUUCGGCAAUUUGAAACUUCGGCAAUUCGGAACUACGGUAAUUCGAAACUUCAGCACUUCGGAAUUUCAUAAGCAUCCGAAUGUCCGAAUUGCAUGAAACAAAUUGCACAUGUCUACUAGAAGCCCUAUAGAUGUGUAAGUGGUUGUGGUGGUAAUCCUGGCAUUAGAACCCUACAGAUGUGUAAGUUGUGGUGGCAGUCCGGGGACAGGGAGCCUUAUAGAUGUGUAAGUGGUUGUGGUGACAGUCCUGCCACUGGGAGCUGAAAAUGAUCACUAUACUUCUUAAAUAAUAUGUAGCAUUUUUCGUAGAUAUUGCUACAUUUGGAGGAUUUGCAAUUUGUUCUAAAUCAGAUUGCAUGUUUGUGUGUCACAAGUUGCUUUUCCGAGACACAUUCUCAUUGAAAUACAUGUGAACUCAGAUAGGGGAAGCUUAUAUCUGCUAACUGCAGUGGUUUGAUUUGAUCAGAGUUCCCAUCAGACUGCGAGGCAUGAAACAUUUGAUGCAUUUUUGAUCUACCAAAUGAUCUACCAUUUAUAUUUUAUGGAGUCUGGAGGUACACCAGCAAUCUUAUUUAAUGUGUGAUGUGUCAUGUGCUCAUUUAAAGGCCCAUGAGUAUCACUAACUAUGAAAAUACUCUCGGAAUUUGUUACAUGCUUCAAACUACAGGGUAUUUGUAUGGAAAAUAAAAUUGUGUAUAAAAGUAAACUUUAAAAAAUGGAGCUAUCAAACCUACACAGUGUGUUAGCAUAUAUCGAGUACAGUUUUUUGUGUGCAGCGAUACAUACACAGAUAGGUUAAAACAUAUAGAUGGUAGUCAAAGCAUUAUCUAGAUUAGAGCAACUGUACUUUUUAACAAUAUACGCAAGAUAAAGUAAGCGAGUAAGUAAGUGUACAAAAACAUGUGUAAGAUAAAGAUGUAAUUGUACUAGAUACAAAAUUAGACCAUUGUAUGUAAAAUAUUUUAAAAUAAACUAAACAUGCAAAUUUCAGGAUAAGUGACAUUCUUAAACCACUGGGACUAGGUACAUCAAAUUAAGAUGGUCAUAAAAGGAAGACUGGCUGUCAAAGGAGAAGCAUUAACUCAAGGCCUAGAGCAUUAACUCAAGGCCUAGAGCUAGUGGGUAUUGAAGGAUGGUCGGUCAACCGAUUUCCAUGUUGGACAAUAUUUGUGUGAUCUUGAUUGUCCUGCUAAGAGCGGUGCCAAGGUGAAGCACCACUCCAACCCCAGGCCUGUGUAACAGCUGACACCUUGUCAUCAUGGAUCCAUUGACUUGCAGAGUCCAAGUCCUUUAUUUCAUGUAAACUGCGUAAAGGCUGUAAGUGUUGUCUUGUAGUUUUUCGUCAAUUUUGUCUGCUGGCCCUCUACAUACCUGAAUGGUGUACUGGGGUUGGACCCCAGGGGGCUCUCAGCCCGUGUCGGCACGGUAACAUAGUGGUUUCAUUUGUGAAAACAGAUUUGCUAGGGCCAUGCAAGCCUCUCCAAUGCCACAGAUCCCCUUCCACAGGUAGAAAACCUGGUUUUGCCAAACUCGAGCGCUGACACAGCUUUGCUCAGAAUUGCUCAAAUAGGGUAUCAAACAUAUCUAAUGCUUGAACAAAUGAGCUUGCCCGCUCGAGGCAUUGUAUCAUAAGACACUGUGUAGCAUGCUUGUUUGCAUCAGCCAUCUUGGAAUGCUUGGCCUGGUGCCUGUUAUGAAGCGUGGCUAUUAGCUUCUUGAGGACUAUAGUUGUCUAAUCCAGUCUAAACCCCACCAGUCCAAAAUGGGGGGUGGGAGGUUGGUCGGAGCCCAAAUAUUAGUCGAUGCUGAACAAAGGUGGGAGAUUGGCUGCUCCUCCCACCUAGAGGUAAGUAGCAGGCCACAGUAAAUGCCGGACACCUCAAGAAAGCCAGUGAAACUCCGUUUGAGAUUUGCCAGAGCUUGCUCCUUUUAAUAGAGAACAGCAGCCUAAGAAUUGCAGGAUUUCCCGAGUUAUAGAUUCAAUAUCAAAGAUACGCUGAUGAGCUCCCUCGGUCUGCUUCCUGCUCACUCAGCAGUCAGGCCCCACUGCCAAGUACACUCUUUUCUUCAUGUGAUCUCGUCAUUCACAUAUGGAAGGGAAACGGGGAACAGGAGCCAUUAUAUGAAAACAUUACAUUUUAAAUGCACUUAAUGAAAAAGUAGAUUUGUAAUAUGCAGAGGAAUACUAAUAAACUUGAUACAUACAAAGCAGACUUGAUAUACCCUAGUCCAGGGGUAGGCCACCUUCGGCACUCCUCAUGUUGUGGAAUACAUCUCCCACAAUGCUCUUACAGCCAUAAUGCUGACAAAGUAUCGUGGAAGGUGUAGUCCAAAACAUCUGGAGUGCCGAAGGUUGCCUAUCCCUGCCCUAGUUAUUAGUUCCCACAUCUGGAUGAUUUUACAGAGGCCUGCUGCCUGGUAUAUUUCAAACUGGUUAAAGAGGGGAUGGUCAAAAGGUAAAUCCCCAGCUGUUGUAGAACUACAACUUGAUGCUUCCUCAUCUUAUGAGCUGGCAAAGCAUCGAGGGAGUUUUUCUACAACAGCCAGGGGCCUAUUUAUUGGCUACCAUUGAGCUUGAGUGUCUAGAAAACAGGAGGGAGAUAGUUGUACCCAUCAUUCUAAACAAAUUUUAGAGAGAGCAAAUCACAAUGAGCUGUGAGUGAGCAGCAUGUGGAUCAUCUUCCUUUAGGAAUGUUUUAUAUAUUCUAACACUCCUUACAGAUAUAUAUUUUUAUUUUGCUGUGUACUAGAGCAGAAAUAGGCACAGAACAGGCAGGAAACAGAAUAAAGAAUGUAGGAAAGGUUCUUAAAGGGAACGUCCAAGAAAUUGAUCUUUAGGUACUUGAACCCUAGGAUAUCCAAGCAGUGAUUGGGGCAAUCCAAUGGGAAUUUCUAUUGGAGUCAUGUGUAAUACAGGAAAACAGUAUGUGACUUAGGCAAAGCAGAACCAUCCAGGCAUAGUAGCAGGAUGAUUGUAUUUCUGCAAGCAAAUAUCUACUGACCCUUUCAAUGUCAUGUAAGCUUGAUCUGUGUGGGGAAUGCAGGGGUAGCCAACCUUUGGCUCUCUAGAUUUUGUGGACUACAUCCCCCACAAUGCUUUUACACCCAUAAUGCUGGCAAAGCAUCAUGGGAGGUGCAGACCAAAACAUCUGGAGUGCCGAAGGUUGCCUAUGCCUGCCCUAGAAUGAAAGGUAAGUGAUCAUGACAGAUGUGGUAUUUGUUCAGAAUGGCAUGAAGGCACGUUUCUCUCUGUUAUAUUUACACCAUAUCUCACAGCACCGGUGUAUGCACAUCUACAGUGGCUUACAAUAAGAAUAUUUUGCUAAUUUUAUAUAUAAUUUCUCUCAUUACUUGUAGUAAUUUUUUACAGAGUAAGUUUGUUAAAAGGCUAAUCCCUUUAAGAAGAAAAUAUGUUAGAAAUAUCUGGAUGUCUAUGUAGAGAGAAGAGUUAACAUUAUGGCACCAAACAGACUAGACUUUUUCUUUAGUGUUUUGUGUAACUUUUGGAAGAAGACCAAAGCAGAUUAAAACAAUGCAGACAAGAGGAACUAUAUUCUUUCACAGAUUGUCUGAUUUCCAUGUCAGACAAAUAAUGAUUGUGUGCAGAAAACGCAAUUCACAGAUAAAAUAUGGAGGUAUCCUGUGGGGAUAGAAGAGAAUUUGACAGAGGCUAAGAUGGAAUUCCUGUAAACAAAUAUAUCUCUGGUCAUACAGAAGCUUCUAGUCUGUGAUACUGCGCAACUGAGAUUCAAAACUUGUGGACCAGGAUCUUGUAUAAAAAAGCUAUUCUCCUGCAGUUGAAAUUCUUUAUAUCCAUAUUAUAGUGCUAAUAUACCUGUUUACAAACCUAUCUAUUCAUUAUGCUAUAACUCCCAUUAAUCUCUAUUUUUAUUUUUUCAAAAUAACCAACAUAUUUUAAUUGAAGAUUUACAUUCGUUACAGGGAAAAAAACACAUGCAGUGAAAGACAUCAGAGCAUGGAUUGUGGGUAAGAAGUAAGGGAAGAAAGCAACUCCCAUUAACCUUUGGCAGACAGAAGCACGCAAGUGCUUGGCAAAUAUUUGUGUUUGUUUUAUUGAAGAGCAGUUCAUCAGGGUCUGUUUAAAAAUAUUGGUCCUUUAAUGUUGUGAAGCCACAUGAUGAAGCAUUAUACUUACUGAUUUGCAUUUACUAGAGAGAGAGAGAGAGAAACAUUCUGCAUUUAUUAUCUUUAUGUAAUUAAAUAGGUUACGUAAAAAAAGCCACCUGUGGAAACAUCUUUCCUUUCUAACUAUCUAUGUUGCAUAUUUUUACUCCCUUUUCCUUUAAAGCUUCUGAAACGACUUGUCUUUACUCCCAAUCUCACUUUGACCAUCUUCAAUCUUGCUUCCGUCUCUUCUAUUCUAAUUAGACUUCCUCACUAAAGUAACUUACAAUCUAAUUGGGGCCAGAUUCAAUGACCACUACUCCAUACUAUUUAUUCUAGAUCUCCCACCUGCCUUUGCCACUGUUGAGCAUGCUCUCCUUCUUUAGUUACCAGAACAACUAUAGCUUAUUGUAUUUGUUCUAGUGAGUAUAAUCAUUCCCUUCAGGCUUUUUGCUGUAAACACUGUCUUUUCAGAGAAAAUGCAGUGCUUACAUUACAGACUACGGAUACCUCCACUGGCCACUCCUCAGAUGGCUGCCAGAGGCACUUCCUGGGGCAGUGCUGACAUUCAGUGUCUCCACCCUCUACACGGAGACACUGAACUUUCCUCAUACAGGUGCAUUGAUUCAGUGCAUCGCUAUGAGGAGAUGCUGAUUGGCCAGGACUGUACUUGGCUUGUGCUGGCUCUGGCCAGAUAUGCCUCCUUGAUACAUUGACAGUCUCAGCCAAUUCUAUGGGAAAGCAUUGUAAUUGGCUCACACUUCUGAUUUUGUCAGCCAAACAGGCAGAUCGGGGUAGAGCCAGCAGUUGCACACUUGAAUGCAAGUAAGAUUUUACUAUAUUUAGGUGAGCAAGGGGCGUGGGGCAAGAGGGGAUAGAUAGUGUUUUUAAUUCUAUAGAGUCAGAAAUACAUGUUUGUGUUCCUGACUCUAUAGUGUUCCUUUAUACUCUCCUUCUUUAAACUCUUCACACUCUUGGCCUCUGCAACACUCUCCUUUCAUAAGUUUGCAUUAUUCACAUCACUGAGUCUAUCUCCAGUAACAUUACUGAAUAAGCAGAAACAUAUAAUCCAUUAGUGUAAAAUGGAAAAAGCAAUGGAGAUCUGGUACCUGGCAGCCUAGCAGGAACAUUCUUCAGGUUGGUCCGCAUGCUUGUAUCAGUUAUCUUAGAAUGCUUAUCAGUUGUUGGUUUUGCUGUGUGGUGUCUAGUCAUUUUGGAAAUAUAUUAACGUGAUAGCACUGUGUGAGCCUACACUAGUGCUACUAUGUAGUAUUAAGUAGCGGCUUUGAAUAACAAAAUGCAGAUCAGUGUUUUCUACGGUCUGCCAGCAGUGCCAGUGACAGGGAUCCCAUUACUAAAUGCAGGCGUCUGGCCUCAUGAAGUAAACUACAGAACCCUUACUGCCCAGGCCAAUGCUGACCAAAUAUUUACAUACAUUGUGGCUUUGGAACAAAAUGUUUCUCUUCCUUUUUAAAAAGUCAAAUGCAGUCUUUGUUGUCAAGUUACAUCUGUAUUUGCUUGCACUCUCUAGAAAAGGAAAUAUGUUUUUCAAAUUUACAAUGAACACAAUAAUACAAAUGUUAUACAACAUAUUGAUGCUCUAGGAUGCUAACAAUACACAUCCAUAGGGUUAUUCACUACAGUGUGAAUUUCUAACUUUAGGCAACGGAAGCCAGUUAUGGAUUAAAAUUGUAGAUUAUGCUAGCUUUAGUGUACCUAUAAUCUUGAUUUUAUUAAUGACAGGAGGCGAAUAUUUGCUUAAGUCUCUCUUUACUAGAACUCCACAGCAGCACAUUAACACAGAGAAAAACAACCAACCAGAAAAAAGUUAGGUACUACAAAACUCCCCUCCCCACUCAUAAUUUCCUCUUUCAAGCUGUGAUGAAAACCAGAACAAAAGGCAGAAACAAAUAAUGGAGAAACUAAGUCCUAGAUAUAAUGAAUACAACGACGUCCACCAUCCGAGAAGAACUGUCAAACCAUGUAUCGUUGCUGGACCAGAAACUGAAACGAGAAAACAGAAUCGAAAAAGUUGGUUAGCCCCUGAAAUGUACUCUGAACAAAAUAUGUAGGCACCAAUAUAACAACCAGAACUAUCAUAACAUACAGAGAUAUCCCAACCCUUACUAGGAAACGGAGACAAGAACAAGUGACAGGUGGCAGAGACAACAAGCAGAGUUGCAUACGUACCUGAUUAACCCAAACUAUUAAAGUUAAACAAGGGAGGGAUAAGCAUGGGAGGGAAAUAUUCGCUUUCUGAAUUAAUAAAAUUAAGAUUGGUCUCCUCCGAGAAUUAAUCUAUUAUUCUGGCAAGAGUUGGGCCAAACUCGUCGUGUACUAAUUGUUUCCAGUACUCCAAUUGGACUGCGGAACCUGCAACAGUGGUAGGUAAAGUACUCCCAAGUGACGUCCAAUCAGAGUUUCAAAACGGAAUUUGUGUAGCGAAACAGUGAUCGACUACUCUGGGAGAUUGUGAAGCCUAGAAAUACCAAAAUGAGGGGAAUGUAAAUAGAGGUCGAGCUAUCUAUCCAAAUGUAUCUUUGUCAGGGAGUGAAAAGUGGUCCAGAUCCAAGGGAAACUGGGACCAGCAUAAACGAAGAAGAGUCGUCACGUGCCAUAGUCACGUGGUGUACAGCAAAGGAGUCGAAGGUGGUUCGAAGAGUAGACAGGCUGGAUAAAACCCAAAUCGUUCUUGGUGAGCGGGUCUGAAUCAGGAUUUCCAUCCAUGAGACUGUCGACUGAUUAGGGAGAGAGUGGAAUAACCCGAAUAACAGCCAGUCCAGCCCUGCCAAAAGCCCGUGGAGGGACUUAUGGUAUGCACGUCACACCCAAAAUAGGGUGUAAUAGAGUGAGACAUCCAGGUCCCUGUAUGUCAGGGGCAUGUUAUCUCCAAGAGUAAGCCUUAGGCCAAGAGACCCAGGUAUAUGAAUUCGAGGUCUGAAGUCUAGGUAUCCUUAUGAAGGAAUACCCCCCAUCUUCGCCUAGAGUCCCGUGAUCUCAUAGCGUUCUCUAACACGUAGAUAAAACGUAAAGCCCUUCGCUAAUGACAGCUGACUCCAGAGAAUAGAUCUAGCGAAAAAAAGGGGGAAUAGCUUUAACCGUCCGAAGCAGGGGCUGUCCAGGCUGAGAACGUCGGGUAGUCAGGUCCGAACCCGACAUAAGUUCUGAGCAGUACUCCAGCGGGAGGUUGUGUCCCGACUUUGUGACGUCUCUGUAGGAUUCGACGUCAAACAGAGGUUCCGCCAUAGAUUCCAAGCCGUCAUCCUUGUCGGUACCUGAAGAGGUGGGUGAGCGAAAAUCAAAACCAGGACGGCUCCUGUGAGGGGAUUAGUGUAUAGAAGGAGGUUCCUCCAUAACCGAAUAAUGUUCUCUAGAUACGUUCUCAGAGGAGUAGAGGCAUUCUUGUCACCUCUCCCAAGACUGCUAACGGCCAGGGAACCCAAAAUCGACCGGGGAACACCGGUCUUUCCCUGCGACCAAUGCAUACGGUGUAUCUGCAGACCGGAGUGUGGGACUUUCCCAUUCCCGCCAUCCGAGUUAGGCAGUGCAUGUUUGCCCUAUGAAGGCCUCAAAAUCUUAUGUUACCUUUGAUGGGAGAAACAACUGUCCGAGCAGUUUGUCUAUAAUGGUAUGUAUAAACCUAAACAGAGAGCAGUUGCUCGUUUGAUACAAUGCAGAGUAUACUAAAACCUACACACCUGCAAUAACUGGGGCUCACCCAUUAGCAGUACAACCUCCAAGAGUAUAUCCAAUAGGGAGGUAUAGGGGCACCAACAACGUGGGCCAAUCCCAGGAGCUGUACCCGAGACAGCCAGUUCAAACAGCCCAUACCCUGUCCAAUAAGGUAUCAGGGAAACGUGUAAAUAGGGUGUGGAAUCUUCCCCAGUAGUAUCUCAGUGAGUAUAUCCCGAGUGAGGAUACAGUGGCAUCGAUCCAGCAGACCAAUUAUAGGAGAUGUAACAGUGAAAGUAGUUUAAGCAUGCAAUACCCUGCCCGAUCAGGUAGCACCUCUAUAACGAAAAUAGUAGCACAGUCGUUAGAUCUAAUGAAGGGGUUCUCUCCACUUACCCAGUCGCUACAAAGUAGUGACUCCUCGACAUUCUGGUGAGGUAGCCAUAGCCCCUUAUAGCAAGAGCUGUAGCAUAAGCGGUAAAACACGGUAUGUAACACAGACUUUCAAAUUAAGUUGAAUAUAGGCGGGACGCCCCUCUACGAAGACAUCGUUGUCCUGCACUGGCAUAAGCCUGUAAGAUGAACAAAGGUCGAUGGUAGCAGGAUAAAUAACCCUGUUGGGCGGUGUACAUAAGGGGAGCUCAGUAGCGGGUUGAGUGUAUGAGAGAGCCGCACGCUCUAAUAUUGUAGACGGUAUCCAUGCCAGUAUCAGGCUGACAAUCUGAGAGGGCCGUACCCGCUAAUAAUAAAAUCAGUGCCUAUAUCAGCGUCUGGCUCCGUAUGCGAGAGUGGGUCACAUUUAAAACCUGCAAUUUGCAUCAAUAUCGGCAUCGGGCUGAGGUUAUGGGAGGGUCAUGCCCUCUAAUAGUAAAAUUAGUGUCAGGUUCAGUAUAUGAGAGGGGUCACCCUCUAGUCAUGUAAAUUAGCCUCAGCCUCGGGCUAAGGUUAUGGUUUACAAUACAAACCAGAGUACACAUCAGUCACAGACUGACUAUAUGCGAGGGGCUCACCCCUUAAUAAAUAGCCGAGUUGGGCCGAGGUCCUAAAAUGGGUUCCCCCCUAACCAUGAAAUCACUCUCUGUAUUAGUCAUAUGAGAGGUGGAUUCCAACUGGGAAUAAACCAUACUGAUAACAGAUGGAGAAACAAUAGCUAGAAAAAAUACAGAAUCUACAAACGGCCGCCUGGAUCCAGCGCAAGUGUGCGGGAUCCAGGAUGGCCACUGGUAGCCUGAGGAAACGCUGGAGACAUUCUCCGCGAUCCACAAGAGCCUGGGAAGUCGGAGGAGACCAAGUCAGGCCUCUCGACGUCCCGAGCGAUAGGAAAAAAAUCGGAAGACACAAAACAAAGAAACGACAAAACUAAAAGUAAGGUUCAGAUAAGGGAAAAAUAGGGGCGGUAAUAUAACUGACAGGAAAGCAAAGAACAGAUAAACUCCAGAAAUAGCCAAGAACCAAGCCUAAUGAAGAAAUAACGAUCUAGAUAUAAAAAAGGGUACGAGAUAUGCAGCUAAAGGAUUAGCUGCUGAAGGUCAAGGAAUUCCCGUGCUCCCGUGUUGGUGUCUGAGCACUGGUCCCUGUAUGUGUGUCAUAAUCGAACUAUCUGUAGAGAUAUGCCUCCGCCGGGCUGGUGAAACCAUAGCUGUCUGCCCAGGGAGCUUCGCAGGAGCCUUGCCCCUUAGGGCACGAGGUUCAGGGCCGUCACCCUUCCAAUAAUACUUAGGUGGACGCGUCAGGCCUCUUAUGGGGAGCCAGAGUCUGACUCUACUUGCGCGCACGGAGUCCCCGUUGUGCCCCUAUAUUGAGGCACUCGUGGGCGGGCUUGUGACAGCGUUUUUCCCAACAGAGGCAGCCACCGCCACCUUAAUCAUUGCCUGUAGGCUUUCCUGGGUCAGGGUGUUAUAUAGCGGUUUGGCGGCUUAACCGUAGCAUGACCCUAGGGGCAGAAAUGACCGGUGUCACCUCAGAUAGUAUGGCAGCAGUGCCUACCUAGACACCCACCUAUCUCGGUGUCAAUAAUGUGUAUGGGUUUUUUUCCCAGUAAUAUUCCCCCAGCCCUGUGGCCAAAAGGGGGCUUGGGCACAGACAAGCGUCGGCCCAUCAAUAGGGCACAGACAGAGCAGGCCAAUCAAAGGGGCACAGACAGCACAAGCCAGUCAAAAGGGGCACAGACAAUGUAGGUCAAUUACAGGCGCUGUAUUAGGACAGCGGCAAGGAGCCACUGUGAAGGUAGCGGCCCUUAUAUGUGUAACUUAAAAACCCUGAGUGCACCUAAGAGUUAAAGCUCCAUACUCUAAACCUUCUUGUCACAAAGACCCUCCCACAAAUCCAAAUUACAGCCAAUAAAACAAGGUACAGAAAGUAUAAAUCCACAGAAACUAUGAAUUUCCCAGAUAUAUUAAUAUAAACUGUAAAUAAGUAAUAAAAUCUCACAGCCCCCAACUAAAAGCAGGAGGCAGUGGUACUCUAACCUAUAAUGGUGUGGAGCAGCAAAGAAAGAGGAAAUUAUGAAUGGGGAGGGGAGUUUUAUAGUACCUAACUUUUUUUCUGAUUGGUUGUUUGCUCUCUGUGUUACUGUGCUGCUGUGGAGUUCUAGUAAAGAGAGACUUAAUCCCUUAAGGACCAAACUUCUGGAAUAAAAGGUAAUCAUGACAUCUCACACGUCAUGUGUCCUUAAGGGGUUUUACGCAAAUAUGAAGCCUCCUGUCAUGUUAUAAAAUUUGAGAUUCUCUUUCCAUUAGGUUGAUUUUUGACCUGCACUGUUAUCCAUGUGCUUGUAUACCUUCUGCUAGUAAGUGGAAUGCAGUGGGGGUUAGCUUCACAUAAUGUUUAAAUGCAUGUUAACUAAUCCAACAACAAAACAACAAAAAUAUGAUAAUUUUCAGGAAGUGGUUUAGUAAUCAGAAAAUAUGCAACAGCAUUGAGAGCUGUCCUGCGUCAGUAAAAUAAUAAUAAUAAUAACAAAGUAUUUAUACAAAGGAUUGAGUAACAUUUGAUCUAAAACAAGUUCCCUAGUUUGAGUCAACUUAAAGGGACACUUCACUGCCCAAAUACAAAAAAUGAGAAGUCACUAUUUAAUACAUAUACCACAAAUGAAAACAUGACUGUGUUUUUAAAUAAUGCUGUUUUCAUUGGGUUUAUAUCUAGAAACAGUUUGCAAAAGUUGCAGUUCUCUUGUCUGCAAGUCCUCCCCUUCUAACCCCGGCCAGACUUUCCCUGGCUGUCCAAUCACAGAUUUCCAAUGCAGCUCAAUGAGAAGCCUUUGCAUGACAGGUGCACUGGGCAAUUGCCUGCGUCUUGAGUUUAGUUCCACUGAGCUAAAAAGACCAGAAGUAACAACCAGAGAGUGUAACAACGUUAAUUUAUAAAAGUAUCGGCCUCUGUUGAAAUCUGCACUUUUUGUAAAACGAUUAAUUUUUUUUAAAAUAGGACACAAUCUUCACAUAUAACACUUUUCUGCAUGCUAAAGUGUGUUAGGGGCCUGUAGUGUCCAUUUAAUGCACAUAUAAUCUUGUCUAAAUUUAGUUUGUUUGCAGGAGCAGUGUAUUUGGUAUAGAUAGUUUAAAAAAAAAAAAAAAGCACAUGAAGCACUAAAACCACUACAUUUUAAUGUAGUAGUUUCAGUGCAGAGAUGCUGCCCCUUUUCUUGGACAAUGUAAAACAUAAUCGUUUAUGAAAAUACUGUUUCUGGUGACCAACAGACAGACACUUCCUUCUUAAGACUUUGAUUUUUCAAAGUCCAAUGUUAACAUGCACAAUAUGAAUCAUGCACUGAAUCCCCUAUUUCUUUAUGAGAAGCAUUGGAGUUAUAGAACACAGCAAUCGUGCAUACUCGGUGCUUCUCAUUGAUUGGGCAAAAAUUGGCAGACUUGAUUAUUUCAUCAAAAGACAAUUGGCUACUGAACUACUGAGACAGCUUUAGAGCUGGAAAGAUAUUUUUUAUUGGAUUUUUUUAAACAAGUGCUAUUCAAUAAGUCUUUCAAAAAUAAGGAGCAAAUGUUAUUUAAUGGGACACUAUAGUCACCCAGACCACUUCAGCUCAAUGAAGUGGUCUGGGUGCCAGGUCCCUCAGGUUUUAACCCUUCCUGAUGUAAACAUAGCAGUUUCAGAGAAAGUGCUAUGUUUACAUUUGGGGUUAAGCCAGCCUCUAGUGCAGUGAUGGCGAACCUUUUUGAGCCCGAGUGCCCAAACCGUAAUACAUGCCAAUUUUUUUUCCCUCAAAGUGCCAAAACGGCAAUUAAACCUGAAUAUUGAGGUUUAAGUUUAGAAAAAACAUCUCAUACAGUUGUCCGAACUAAUUAACAUCUGUGUGUGUAUUAAGCAGUUUGUGUGUGUGCUCGGCAGUCUCUCUGUAUGUGUAUUUAGCAGACUGCUGAAUACACACAGACUGCUGAGUACACAGUCUGCUAAAUACACACACACACACAGACUGCUAAAUACACACACACACACACACACACACAGACUGCCGAGUACACACACACACAGACAGACUGCUGAGUGUACACACACACAGACUGCUAAAUACACACACUGCAUUGAGGGGUACAGUGUAUGUGUUUGUGUGUGCGGUGAUGUGUUUGUGUGUGGGGUGAUGUGUGUGGGGUGAUGUGUGUGUGUGGGUGGGGUGGUGUGUGUGUGUGUGUGUGUGUGUGUGGGGUGAUGUGAGGUGGUGUGUGUGUUGGUGGGGUGGUGUGUGUGUGGGGUGAUGUGAGGUGGUGUGUGUGUGUGUGUGUGUGUGGGGUGAUGUGUGUGGGGGGUGAUAUGUGUAGGGCAGGGGUGCUGUGUGUAUGUCGUCCCCUCUCCCCACUGUUUUCUUUCCCCCCAUCCUCCCUCUAUUUUUUCUCCCAUCCCACACUCAGUUUCCCACAUGCCUCCCUAGCUUCCCCAUAUUCUCCCUCAGUUCCCCAUCUCCUCAGUCCAUAUCUCCUCAGUUCCCCUACAUCUCCUAUCCUACACUCAGUUUCCCCAUAUCUUCCUGCUUCCCCAUAUCUUCAGUUUCCUCCCCAUAUCUCUCCCUCAGUUCCCCAUAUCUCCUGCUCCCCCAUAUCUCUCCCAUCCACCUCAGUUUCCCCAUAUUCUCCCUCAGUUUCCCCCAUAUUCUCCCUCAGUUCCAUUUCCUCAGUUCCCCAUAUCUCUCCCCAUCUCUAUAUUCGUUCCCCCCAUCUCUCCUCUCAGUUUCCUCUCCUCAGUUUCUCCCCAUCUUCCCUCAGGUUCCCCUCUCCUCAGUUUCCCCCAUCUCUCCUUUAGGGGUUCCCCUUCCCCUCCCUCAGGUCCCCCUCUCCUCCUUUCCCUCAGGUCCUCUCUCUCCUCAGGUUCUCCUCUUCCCUUCUCCUCAGGUUCGCUCCCCAUCUUCCUCAGGUCUCCCCUCCUUCAGUCUUCCUACCUUGUAGCGUGGCCGCCGCUGGAGCUCAGUUUCCUGUACCCGGCGGACAGGAAGUGCUCUGUGAGCACUUCAUUUCCGCCCGCCCGGGUACAGGAAACAUAAGUUCCUGUACCGCGGUGCGCUCGGCCACGCUACACAGAGCGCCUGGCAGGAGGGAGCGCUAUGCGCUCACCUCCUGUCGGUCACUCCGGCUUUGCGCCCACCGGGCGCACCCUCCCUCCCUCCGGCGACCUAUGGCCGCGUGCCCACAGAGGGGGCUCGGCGUGCCACCUGUGGCACGCGUGCCAUAGGUUCGCCAUCACUGCUCUAGUGGCUGUCUUCCGGACAGCCACUAGAGGCGCAUCUGCGACGCUGAACGCAUAUUAUGACUCCAUCGCGCAGAGCGUCCAUAGGAAAGCAUUGAGAAAUGCUUUCCUAUUGACACUUUGAAUGCGCGCACGGCACUUGUCGCGCACGGCACUUGUCGUGCAUGCGCAUUCGGCUACACUGACGUCGGCAGAGGGAGCUGACGUCGGCGGGGGAGGAGAGGUCACCAGCCCCGAGGGCACUGGAAUAAGGUAAGUGGCUGACGGGGUUUUAACCCAUUUAGCGCCACGGGAGGGGGACCCUGAGGGUGGGGGCACCCUCAGGGCACUAUAGUGUCAGGAAAACCGCUUUGUUUUCCUGACACUAUAGUGAUUCUUUAAAAUAUGUACUUUUUUUGGUUUUGUUUUUUUAAUUAAAGUCUUUACUACAAGGUGAAGAACAUAUAUUUCUUCGCCUAUGUGAGAAGCUGAAAGUAUAAAUCUGUCAAUGUAAACAUUACCACUACCCAUUUAAACUUACCCAGUCUGUUGGUAGAUAUAAUAAGAUAAAGAGUGUCAUGUUUGUAAGUGUAAGUUAAAAAGUUAACACCUUUUCAUGAUCUCUUCACUUACCAAAACUUGGCUUCUCCUUUCUACUAUCACUAUAUCACUAUUACUGAUUCCAUGCCUUAUGGUCUGCAAUCUAGGACUUCCAGAUCUGAUAAUAGUAGAGCUGGUAUCACAGGCAUUGUACUUUCUCUUUUCAUUUAAACCUACUACGCUGAGCCCUACCCUUUUUCUCCUUCACCGACCGGUCCGCACCCCCUUUAUAUCUCUUAAGCUGUAAUUCAUACCCGUUUUAGUAACUUCCUUAAAGGGACACUAUAGUCACCUGAACAACUUUAGCUUAAUGAAGCCGUUUUAGUGUAUAGAACAUGCCCCUGCAGCCUCACUGCUCAAUCCUCUGCCAUUUAGGAGUUAAAUCCCUUUGUUUAUGAACCCUAGUCACACCUCCCUGCAUGUGACUUGCACAGCCUUCCAUAAACACUUCCUGGAAAGAGAGCCCUAUUUAGGCUUUCUUAUUUGCAAGUUCUGUUUAAUUAAGAUUUUCUUAUCCCCUGCUAUGUUAAUAGCUUGCUAGACCCUGCAAGAGCCUCCUGUAUGUGAUUCAAGUCCAAUUUAGAGAUUGAGAUACAAUUAUUUAAGGUAAAUUACAUCUGUUUGAAAGUGAAACCAGUUUUUUUUUUCAUGCAGGCUCUGUCAAUCAUAGCCAGGGGAGGUGUGGCUAGGGCUGCAUAAACAGAAACAAAGUGAUUUAACUCCUAAAUGACAGUGAAUUGAGUGGUGAAAUUGCAGGGGAAUGAUCUAUACACUAAAACUGCUUUAUUUAGCUAAAGUAAUUUAGGUGACUAUAGUGUUCCUUUAAAUUUUUUUAAGGUUGGCUUCCUGUCUCAAUUCUUGAUCGUUGUGGUAGACCUCUCAGGUCUAAAGCUUUCAAAGUUCUCUUAAUCCUUUCUCAUGUAAUUUGUUUACAAGUAAUGCUCCUUGCCGCAUCUUCUCACAGGUUUUAUAUUCUGUAAUAUACCUACUGCUCUUCUUAUCACCAUCUGCUUCCAACUUGCAAUCUUAAUGUGCCCUUUACCCAGUUUACCCAGCACCUAAACUGUCUCAGCCAGCCAUGCAGAAACGCUAGAUCUCUUAGUCUGCAGUUAUUCUCCAGGGCCUCUCUCUCUUUAUUCCUCUUUGUUGUCGGUAGUAAUCCAACUACCUUCCUUUAUAACUGAUCUUUUUUAACUGUGCUCCAGGAAGCUGCAAAGACCACAACUUCUCCCUAGAGCAGUCAACUCUUCUUUCCCUGCAGGUAGCUUAGUCUGCCCACUGUCUGCUGUAAGCCUAUUUCAGUUUUUACUCUACAUGACCUUCCAUGUGUCAUCGGUGUGUAUCAGGUUUACAUAUGUAAAUAAGUGUUAAUUGCUAGAAAUUCUAAGUGAAUUUCACAUUUUAGGCAAAAAUACUGAGCUGAAAACAUUCUUGAUUUGGAGUAUUUUUUUGAAGUUAGACUGUUUUGGCCUGAAAUUUUAUUAAACAAAGCUGUGCUUUGUGUUAUCUUUGUGUGUGCGUGUGCGUGUCUGUGGGGGGAGAUUCUGGUGUCACAGUCCGGUUCAGAAGGUCUGCAAGUUUCUGAAUUAAAUAGGCAUGCUCUGAGAUUCUCUUAUUUGUCACAUUUCAUUUUAUCUAGUACGUUUUUUUUUUAUUGGCUGGGCUUCAUGUCUGCUGGCGCUGGUGGGCAGAUAAGAAGAAUUGCUGACAUUUUUCAUAGGUGGAGGCUUUUUGAUUAAAACAAAACAAAACAGAGGCUCUUUUUAAUGCUUACCAGUAUCAAGUGGUUAAGAACAAAGACGUGUUCAUUGCCAGAGUAUUGAGCCUAAAUGCAUUCUGUGCGUGAAAACACUCAUUUAACCAUUUCUUUACUGAGCAGCAAUAUCUUCUGGCUUAUUCUUUAAUUGCCUUCUGUAUAUUUACAUACCUUAUGUUUUUUGGAAGUAGGAAAAAAAGAGGUAUUUGGAAGAAUAACUAAAAUGUGUUAGAAAGAGUAAAAGAAUUAUACAUUACUUUACCAAUGGUAUUUUCAUUCACACUUCUUAAACUGUGUUUACUAAACAGUGACUGCAUUUAAAAAUUCAGGUGCUUAAAAUAGCCAAGUUGUGACCAUAGCUGUGUUAGAUAGGUUUCCCCAACUAACUAUAUUUUACUACAUUUUACAAUUGGGUUUUAAUUGCCUUUUUACUGUAAAUCCCCUAUGGUUAAACAUAGAUGUAUCCAAACCCCAAGUGAAAGUGUGAACAGUUGUUAUGAUUACCAUACACAAUAAAAUAAGCUAUUCAAAAAAAUGGUAAAAUGCUAAAUAUUCCGUAGUGUAGUGUAUAUAUAAACUGAGCAGUAAUACAUUUCCCAUCAUGAGCAUUUUAAAGUUGGCUCUAUACUAUAUCAGCAUAAUGUAUUUACUCUUCAGGCAUUAUUCACAGUCAGAUCAAAGGUACCGGAACCAGGUUCUGCUCCCCACUCAACCUGAAGAAGACAUUUGGUAGUCAAAACGCAUUUUGCUUUUUCUUUGUUGUAUUUAUACUUAUGCUUACAUUACCACCAAUUGGAGCAUAUCUAUGGAUUAUCAUACAGAAGAAAUGGAGAGCAGAACUUGGUUCCGGUACCUUUGGUCUGGUUUUGAGUAACUCCUGGAGAGUAUGUACCUUAUGCUAAUAUAGUUAUUUUUCUUCCAAAUGUUUCUUUUUUGUUUAUUGUAUUAUCAUGUCUUUAAAUUCUUUAUAAACUCUUUAAUAUUGCAUGAUCUGCCCAUUAUUUCAACGGGCAUAUCAUGUUUUCAAAUCCUGUACUGCUUGGUGGGUCAUGUCACACUGUGCUUUGAAAACUAUGAUCCAUGGUGUGACUGACGCUGUACAGUGCAAUAUAUGUCCUAGCCUGCCCAAACAUUGGCAGAAACUGCUACUUUCUUUUGCCUUCAUUUAUUCAUUCCCCCUCCUGAAACUGAUAUGCUGAGAAAGAUAGAGAAAGUGUGAUGUUCUUCUACAGUAUAUUACUAAGGGGCAAGAGCAGAAUUAAAGUCUCGGUCACCUCUAGUCACUUUCUAAGUAUUUCACAGAGAUUAAAUCUUUAUGAAAUACUCAUGUUGAUUGUGUCAAAAUUUCUUUGAUGUUCAGAUUAAAUCAAAAGAUAUCAUAAGAUAAAGUAGAGAAUACUUUGUCAUGUGGUAAAGCACAAGUUUGACAAAAGGGGAAGCUUCCUCUGUCAAGUUUUCUCAUUCCCCACAACUGUCAAAGGCAAUGGCUUUGAGAAAGAGGCCUCUUUUACAGGUGGCGCAAGUUGGUCUAUGGAGAAUCUGUUGGCGCUAAAUAAAUGGCAAUAAUAAUACCCACACCCAUUAAGAAUCAGGAGCUAAGGAAAGAAGAUGGCUGUGCCUGUGAGGGAGAGCUUUGAGUGGGUAUCGCUACCUUUAACUUCACCCUCUUAGUACACAACGUUAGCAUGUCACUUUGCCUGCAUCACUAUCUAGACCUUUUUUCUUUUAGAGAUCUAGGUACUUAUGACACUCUCUUCUAGUGAGGUGUCAAUUCCUAGAAUUUUUUUUCUUUUCAACAUGUUCACAGCUUUGCGCUUGCCCCUAAUAUACAUAUGAUAGCCAAGCGCUAUCUUACUACGUUUGAAAUACUUUGUUUUAUGAAAACCCAGCCUAAAGGCAUGAUAUAAUUGUCAUAUAACUCCUAAACCUCUGUGUUGGACUGAAGUGACGUGUCUCUUACAUUGCCAGAUGGACUAUAGACCUUGGAGGUGGAGCUUAAUGGUGAUAGCUUUAUCCCCCAUGUGUGUCACUUUGCAAGAACAGAACUAUUAAACUCUUCUGAGAUAAUAUUACUCUAGUCUCCCUCUAUGGACCCCACUCCCACAGAUCUUAUUUGGAGAACCUGUGGUCAUCAGGGGGAGAUUCUAUUCAUAUGUGGUGGUUGUGCCUUAGUGUUGUCCAUUUCUGGUCUAAAGUCUGCCAAUUCUGUGAGCAGGUGCUUCAUUAACAUAUCCAUUAGGACCAAUAAUCCUUUCUUCUCUCUAAACCUACUGAAAAUCUACGUACACGUGAAAAUAAAGUCAUUUUAAAAAUUGCUGUGCUCUUGCAGAAUCCUGGUCACACAUUUCCCGUCCCCCGAUAACAAAAGUCUUUCUUAAAAUCAAAGACAAUAUGCUUAUGGAUAAGCUAAAAGCAGUUAUUCAUCAUACCUCUACAACCUUUUAUAAAGUUUGCACUUCGUGGUUAGACUAUGUCAUUCUUGCUUCCUAAUCUCUGACUAUCUUCUCUUCUACUUGUUUUAUUCCCAUUUCUCUUUCUUUCUAUUUUUUUUCUCACUUGCCUUUAUCUCUCCUCUUUUCAUUAUCAUAUAUGAUAUGUGGCAUUGGAGCUUUAUCUUUAUUUGCCAUUACUAUUAUUAGGCUCUAGGUUUUGCUCUUCAGUUCCUUACCACUAGGUUCUUCAGUUCAUUACUCUUGCAGGGUUCUCCGUAGACCUCAAUGCUGUACUCUCACACAUGUGCAAUAGUACAGCAGUGAAGCCGACUCCUGGUGCUGAAGUGCCAAGAGUUGGAGGACCCGCGAGUAGAAGAUGGCGGCACCUGUGAGGGAUAGGUUCAUGUAAGUAGAACUCACCUUUGCCUGCCCCCCGGCCACAGGAUCUUCAGCGGCACUGUCACCGUCAGGGGUCUUUGCAAAUUCUGCUAAGUUUCAAUAUGAUGACAGUGCCACUUUAAUUCCUAAAUAGCAGAGAAUUGAUCAGUGAGACUGCAAGGGCAACCCUUUUCAAGCGUUUUUUCGUAAAAAUGACAAAAUUGUGUAUCCCCGAAAACAUGGUGGAUAUGGUAACCCUAUAUAUGUCAUAAUCUUGUGCUGGAAUCCAUUUUAAAAAUGAAACUAGCUUUGUACUCUAUAACUGAUAACAUGUGAUUGUCCUUAUUUAAAUGAAGAUUAGAAAAAUAAAAAGACAGCAAAUGCAAACAGCACGUGGAAGGUGCAGUGAUAAGAUCAAAGAAACCCUAGCCUUAAAGCGGCAAUAUCCCCACCACCACCCCUCUCCCUCCUCUCAAAAUAAGUAUUUCAUAAAGAUAGAAUUUUUAUGAAGUUUUCAUAUUGACUGUGUUGGAAUUUCACUCCAACCCAGUCAAGAGAUAUACUUGGAAAAAGUAGGGACUACUUGCCUCAUUAUUUUUCUUACACCUGACACUUCUAGCCACCGAGCAGAGCUACUGCCAUCUAGAAGUAUCAUUCCUCCCCAGCCGUCACCACUGAUGCCUGCAGGGAAUUGGCUUUAUCUGUGGAGGAUCCUGCGGUCUCAAUGCCUUACCUUUGCCUGCCCUCUCCUCCGCCCCCCCCCUCCCCCCCCCCGUCCACUGGACCCCAGCGAUGAUGUUACCAUCGGUUGUCUUUGCAAAUUCUGGUGUCUUUGCCUGAAUGCUAAUUUUAACAAAAAAAUAACAUUAGAGAUAUAUAAUGUGGAAACAUGUAUUUGGGAAAAGUAAUGCUUUUGGGGGUAUUUGUACAUUGCUCAACCUUCUGUCUCAUGAUUAAUUAUGAUACACCUUCUCAAUUGUGUUAUUUUUCAUUAAAUACACUUAAAAUGUAUCCAAUGAAAAGCUCCACAAAAUACAGGGGGGGAAAGGUUUGUUACUUUUCAUUGUUUUGCUAAGUAUUUUAGUAUUUUUGCAAAUUUUCAUUUUUUUUAUUUUUUUUUGCAUAACAAUUUGCACAGAGUAUGAGUAAAUGGAUACAAUUAGAACUUUCUCAGCCUGGCCUAAGACUGUCAUAUCUUUUUGUAAUUGUACCCUUGUCUUGAAAUGUCUCAUUUUGUUUCUGUCACUUGGAUUUUACAUUCAAGAUGAUCUUGGCUCCAAUGCUCCCAAGGUUACUGAAAUAUUUUAAUACACUGUGGAUGUUAUUUUUGGCUUCAGAUUGAUUGUAGUGUUCCGUGUGGUUAAAUUAUAUAAAACCACUAAGCUAGCAAUCUUUAAAUAGUUUUGGUUAGGAUUGCAAGUGCUUUAAGGCUAAUUCUUAUGAAGUCAAAACAAUGGAAACCAACAACUGUCUCCUUAUCAAAGUCAGUCUUCUCCAAACCUUAAAGGACCACUAAAGUCACCCAGCCCACUUUAUCUCAAUGAAGUGAUCUGGGAGCUAUGGUCCUUUAGUUUUAACCCUGCAAUGGAAAACAUAUCUUCCUGACUGCCAUUAAAAGUACUUCCCCUGCACUGACUGAGUAAAACUCAGUUAUCUGCCACGGAAGCACAUAGGAAAGCAUUAAAUUCUAUGCUUUCCUAUGUGAUGCACUUGGAGUUCACUGUGCUUGUGAAUCAGUUUUCCAUUUGCCUUUAUGAGGAGCACUGCGGUGGACAUUGGGUUGAGAGCCAGAUGACAUUGCAGGAGAUGGAGAGGUUGGCAGCACCAAAGGGAGUCUCAGUAAGUAAAGGUAAGUAAAACAUGUUUCUACUGAAAAUAGGAAGGGGGAGACCUAAAACAAAUUUGCAAAUUAGGUAACACUUUAGUGUUCCUUGAAGCAAAACGUAUUGUAAGACUGCAGUGUGAUAAUACGUUGUGUUGCUUUUUUGUAUCAAUAUGAAUAUGUGAUGGAUUUUAAAGCAACUGGAAAGUUGUAAAUGUUUCACAGAAUGCAACAUACCGGUUCAGAAAGAGGAUAGUCUCCAGGCCACUUAGCAUGUCAAACAGUAUUUCCUUGUUAGGUAAGUGAGGGAUUGCGGUGGCUUUCGUACAUUGCUAUUGCACACUUACAUUUUGCAGUUUCUUUUUCAGUUCACUAAAAUCUCAUCUCACGAUCAGCAGCUUGUAAAUUCUGGGGACAUUUUUGUCAGGCUGGAAAGUUUCCUGCACAAUAGCAGCUUAGAUCUGAAGCAAAGAUAUAUGUUGUGGCUUUGUGCAUAGGUCCUGUAUCUGGCUAAGGGUUGUCAUCAUGCAGUUUGCGACUUUAGUAUUAUUUGUGAUUGUGGGGCAGAAUAAAUUAUAUGAUACUGUGCUUUUAAAUGUGCACAUGCUUUUCCAUCAUCAUUUUCAGUAUGCAGUUUGUUUACAACCAUAAUCUUUGGUUAGCUCACAUGAUGAUGUGUGAUGGAUACUUGUGCCUCAAAGAGGAACUGUCACAAUUCUGUAAGUGUCAGUUCCUUAAUCCUUUACCAUAAGAGAUACUGUAGGCAUUAAAACAACUUUAGCUUUCUAUGCCGUCUGCAUUUUAAUGGGCCUAAAAGCACCUUAACAGUUUUUGAACUCCUGCAGCCCAAGAUACUCACCUACCCUGGUGAUUUGCUUCAAAGGGGGCUACCUGACAACCCAGGAAGACCCCCUCCGGUAAACCUGGCCCUCAUUGAACACAAAUAUGAGUGUUUUAAAACAGUAAAAUGUACUGAUUAUAUCAUCAGUGAAAUUGCAGUUUUUGUGUUAAAAAUGCAAAAAAACUAUAUAAACACUAAUUUUGGCCAGGGUUUGUAAAUAAGUGGCUACUAAAAAAGACUGGACAUACCCCCUUUUGAAUACCCUGGGUUGUCUACUUUUUCAAAUGGUAUGCCAUGAUGGGCGUCAUUUUUAUUCCUGGGCUGCCAUAUGGUCUCAAAUGCAAAAUAGGCCCAAUUUGGCAAAUUUCAAUCUGCAAAAAUGAAAAGGGGGAAAGCCCUAUAUUCGACCCUGUAACUUUCCAAAAAUCCAUAAAACCUGUACAUGGGUGAUACUGUUGUACUCGUGAGACAUCCCUGAUCUCAAAUAUGUGUAUUUUAUUGCAGGAAAAACUAAAAGUAUUAUGACAUUUACAGUUAAAAUGCCACACAGUACUUGGAAAAUAACAACAUUUCUUAGUUUUUCAAACUUUUUUUUAGAUGUUACUCAUAUUAAAUUAUGUUUAAUAUAUAAAUAAUUCAUGUGACAUAUAUAUAUAUAUAUAUAUAUAUAUAUCUCCUGAACAAAAUAAUAUGCAGUAAGUGUGGGUGUACUUAAAGGGACACUAUAGACACCAAAACAACUUUAGCUUAAUAAAGCAGUUUUGGUGUAUAGAUCAUGCCCAUACAGUCUCACUGCCUAAUUAUAUGUCAUUUAAGAGUUAAACCACUUUGUUUAUGCAGCCUUAGGCACACCUCACUGCAUGUGACUUACACAGCCUUCCUAAACACUUCCUGUAAAGAUAGAUUAAAUGUUUAAAGUUCCUUUAUUGCACAUUCAGUUUAAUUUUUUUAAUUUUUUUCUCCUGCUCUGUUAAAGACCCUGCAGGAGCCUACUGUGUGUGAUUAAAGUUCAAUUUGCAGAGUAGAUUAUAAAAACUAAAGCAAGUUAACAUCUGAUUAAAAGUAAAACCAUUUUUUUCCAUGCAGGCUGUGUCAGUAACAGCCAGGGGAGGUGUGACUAAGUUUGCAUAAACAGAAACAAAAGUGAUUUAAAGCGGCACUGUCACACCGCACUUACCUUCUCCUAAUCACUUCGUAUUCUCUUCCUCUUUCCUACUCUGUCUUUCUGUUUUUUAUCCAUUUUGAACUAAAAACAUAAGACAAAGUAGGGAUUACUUUGUCUUAUGUAUUUUUCCUACAUCAGAUACUUCUAGACCCUGGGCGGAGCUACCAAUGUAUAGUAGUGUCAAUCUCCCCAGACAUCACCAGUGACAGCUGCAGGGAAUUGGCUCUGUCUAUGGAGCGUGGGAUCCUCCAUAAACCUCAGUGCUGUACUCUCGUGCAUGCGCGAGCGUAUGCAGAGACGUUGGCCCCUGAAGGAGCUGAGGAGACCUGCCAGAAGAAGAUGGCAGAACCUGCACAGGAGAAGUUAGGUUCAGGUUAGUAGAACUUACCUUUCCCUGCCCCUCCCUGGCUUUGGACCCCCAGUGGCGAUUUCACCGUCAGGGGCCUUUGCAAAUUCUGCAAAGUCCCCAGACAGCGAUCGUGAUUGCUUGUAUGACUUCACAGUAGGAGAAUCAUACUUUUUUAAGCAUUUAUUGUUUUUAUUUUAUUUUUUAAAAAUGGAGUCCGGCAAUCUACAACAGUGGUUUUUAACAAGUGUGCCACAAACACAUUGACUACAGGAAUGUAACAGGCUGUAUGGAUCCCUUAACGUGUUUGUAAUAGGUAUCAGCAUUUUAAAAAAUUGCAUCAUACGCUCUGGUCAUACCAGGCUAGACUGGCAAACAACCUAAAAAAAAGACACAACCCAUUGCUAACUUUUUAGUUAAUUAUUGGACUUAUUAUUGCAAACAUUUCCAAAUAUUCCUCUUACAUUACCCUACAGGAUACAAUGCUUUGCUUUGAGCGCAGAAGAAAUAUUUGUUGACGAAAGGGCCUGAUAUAAACUUGUGAAAUAAUGUCACAUGGAAAUGGCUUAGGCUGUUGGGCUAACUUCAGGAUUAGUACACUAGGGCUUUUGUUACUGUGCUUCAUUCAGUCCAGCUCCUUAGAGAUUAACUAUCACAUGACAACUGUUUCAGCAAUAUCUGCAAUCUAUUAUAAAAGAGAAGUUCCUGUAAGUCCUAAAUGCUUGUUAGUUUGGAAACUGUGAUGAUAACAUAUGAAACCUUAAAAAUUAAUUUAGAGAGUUAGAAUAGAAUGUUCUAUUAUAUUGUAAACCGGAUCCCAUUCCAAUCUGAAAGUAUCCAUCUGCCUUGAAACUAGUUCUUUUCCUACUUGAGAUGUUACUGGUUUUUGAAAGAUAAGUCGAUACAAGAAAGCAAGUAUUAAACCAAAUAAAGUUAAAAGGUUACUCCAAACAAAAAACAGUAUUUUAGAAAAACAUUGUUUUUGGUAAGAGUAACCCUUUCUACCCUUCCCCCCCUGCCCCCCAAAAAAACCUAAAUAAAAUAAAAUAGCUAAAACUAACCAUCAUUCUGGCUCUGAUUCAAAGUCCCCCCUCCGCCACACUGGUGUCUCUGCCAGUAAAGGGGAGAGAUGUCUGAGAGAGCAGACUAAGUUGAGGACAGAGAUGGCAAACAAGCACAGAAUUGACAUUAACCAGCUUGUAAUUCUUGCUUCAGGAUGGCUAAUGACGCCCUUCGAUGCGGCCAGUGUUGGAGUUACACCUACGGCAGCAGAAGGGUUAAAAUCUGUGUGUGCAGGGUCUCAUAGCGAAGCGCUGCACAUGCAGACUCAUCAUGACCACUUCAAAUCAGUGAAGUGGUCUUGGUACUUGGAGUGACCCUUUAAAGAAGAUAAAAUCGUAGGAAUACGAGAGGGGGAGAUAUAAAUGAUUGAGUACAGAUAAAGGGAACCUUGUUCAUUCUUUUUAAUUCUGUAUAAUUUCCAUCAAGCCUAAACUCCUUUCUUUUUAAAUAAGGCCUAUUAUUAUUAUUAUUAUUAUUAUUAUGUUAUUAUUUAUAUAGCGCCAACAAAUUCUGCAGCGCUUUACAGUGGGUGGACAAGCAAACAUGUAGUUGUAACCAGACAAGUUGGACACACAGGAGCAGAGGGGUUGAAGGCCCUGCUCAAUGAGCAUACAUGCUAUAGGGAGUGGGAUAAAGUGACACAAAAGGUAAGGACUAAUGACAGUUGCAAGAGAGGAAUCAGUCGGGAGCUAUUACCAGUUUAAUUAAUACGCUUUUAUGAAGAAGUGGGUUUUUAAUGAUUUUUUGAAGGAGUGGAGACUGGGUGAGCAUCUAACGGAGGAGGGAAGUGAGUUCCACAGGAACGGUACAGCCCUCGAGACGUCUUGAAGGCGAGCAUCAGAGGUGGGAGGAUGGACAGAAGAUAGACGUAAGUCUUCAGCAGAGCGUAAGGGCUUAGACGGGACAUACUUGUGUUUUAGGGAGGAUAGAUAGGUGGGAGUAGCAUUAUGUAGAGAUUUGAAAGCAAGAACCAGAAUUUGCCCUAUAUCUUACAGGAAGCCAAUGAAGGGACCGACAGAAGGGUGACUCGUGGGAGGUAUGGGCGGACAGGUAGAUGAGCCUCGCUGCAUUUAUUAUGGAGUGUAAUGGCGCAAGUUGGGAGCACGUAAGAACACUGAGAAGCGGAUUACAGUAGUCAAGGCGAGAAAGCACAGUGGAAUGGACCAGCACCUUACUCGCAUCUGGCAUUAAGUAGGGUCAGAUCCGCGCAAUGUUUUUGAGAUGUAAGCGGCAGGAUUUGGCGAUAGACUGAACAUGAGGCAUGAAGGAGAGGUCGGAGUCAAAGAGAACACCUAGGCAGUGAGCCUGCGUGGUGGAGCUGAUGGUAGCAACGUUGACUUGGAGGGAAACAGACACAGGAGUAGCAACACUUGAGGGAGGAAAGACCAGAAUUUCAGUUUUGAUCAAGUUGAGUUUAAGGAAAUGGGCAACCAUCCAGUUAGAAACAGCAGAGAGGCAGUCAGAGACACUAGUCAAGAGGAACGGGGAGAGGACAGAUUUGCGUGUCAUCCGCCUAGAACUGAUAUUGGAAGCCAAAUGAGCUAAUGAGUUUACCAAGGGAGACAGUAUAGAUUGAGAACAGUAGGGGACCAAGGACUGAACCUUGGGGGACACCAGCCCCCCCUCCCGUUUGGCUGGCCCCCCCAGGCAACAUGCGGCUUCAUAAGGGAACCACACGAGGGGAGCACCUCCCCCUUGCCCUCUGCGUAGGAGCGCCAGGUAUCACGUGACUACCCGGUUCUCAGCUUGACAGAGACCCAGCAGGGAGACAAAAUGGCAGGGAGGGGGCCAUCAAUGUUCAACUUGGCUCUGUGAGUAAAGCAACUGGCUGUUGCUUGGGAGGGAGUUAUGAGGUGGGAGAUAUACAGAAGAGGGAGGGGGGUUUGGCAUGGGGAGAUAUAUGGAAGGGGGGGAUUGGUAUAGGGAGAUAUAUGGAAGGGUGGAUUAGUAUGGGGAGAUAUAUGGAAGGGGGAUUGGUAUGGGGAGAUAUAUGGAAGGAGUCUAGCAUGGGGAGAUAUAUGGAAGGGGGGAUUGGUAUGGGGAGAUAUAGUGAAGGUGGUGGCAUGGGGAGAGAUAUGGAAAGGGAAUAUUGACAUGAGGGAGAGAUAUGGAAGGGGGUGUUGAUAUGGGGGAGAGUCGAAUGGAUAAAAGGGGGAAUAUGGAUGGAAGGGAGACAUGGGGGGGAUAUGGAUGGAAGGAAGGAGAGACGUGGAUCGAAGGAAGACAUGGGGGGGGGAAUAUGGAUGGAAGGGAGGAGAGACCCAAGGUGUGACAAUUUAGCUACCUUGCUGAGGUUUGCGUAGGGACUAAGGGAGAGAGCAGAGCGGACAUCCAGACAGUGACAUUACUACUGAGACUGUAACAAAGUGAAACUUUUGAGUAAAUGAUGUGUGUGUCCAGGAUUACAUACUGUGUGCAUGAGAAUGAAACAAGUAAUUUUAGUUUGUGUUGCUCUAGGAUUCACUAACUUUUAUACAGGUUACAUGCAGCACAGAUAACCAGUUACAUAAUUCUAUCUACUCAUCAGGGGUUGUUACUAUCACACAAAGACAAACACAGUCCCACCGUACACAGCCAGCCCAAAACUAUCACAAACAUGAGCAGUCCCCAUCACAAACUGACCGCACAAAAUGAUCACACACAGCCAGCCCAAUGCUAACACACAGUUUCCAUCACAUGUACACCGCUCAAUACCAUCAAACACAAACUAUUCCUAUCACACACAGACAACCCAAUACAUCACAUGCAGUGCACAUUACAGUCAGACAGCCAAAUAUAUCACACACAAUUUGUAGCCAUUACACUCAGACAUUUCAAUAUGCAGUCCCCAUUACACCCAGACACCCCAAUACACUCAGGUCAUCGGUCACAACCAAGAUAUUUGUUAGUUAUGAACAAAAAGUAGUAACCCCAGUAAAGACUCUUGUUUGUAAUAUGGUGCAGGACCGGACUGCCCUAAGGCCGCUGUGAGAUGCUGCUGCAAGAAUGUAAAAGAGAGCAGUCCCUCAGCCAAUUUGAUGUUUCCUUUGUUGCCGCUAGAAAUCUCAUAUACGGCAUCUUUUAUGCUGUGUGAAGUCCUAGGGCAAAUCCUGUGAGUGCAAUCUAAAUGUGGCAAGUCCUGUGAGUGCAAUCUCAGUGUUGGGUUAAGUCCUGGGUGCUGGGUAAGGUCCUGUGAGUGCAAUCUAAUUGUUGGGGUAAGUCCUGGGUGCUGGGGCCAGUCCUGUGAGUGCUAGGGUAAGUCAUGGGUGCAAGGGCAAGUCAUGUUAGUGCAAUCUUCAUUCUUGGGUAAGUCCUGGGUGCUCGGGCAAGUCCUGGGUGCUGGGGCAACUCCUGUGAGUGCAAUUAAACUGUUGAGGUAAGUCAUGGGUGCUGGGACAGCUACUGUGAGUGCAAUCUCAGUGCUGGGGUAAGUAAGUCAUGUCAGUGACACAUACAUACAUACAAACAGACAGACAGGCACACAUACAUACAGACAAUACACACAUACAUACAGACAUACACACACACACACAUACUAAAUGUUUGGAUGCAUUUUAGGCAGCCAUGACCCAAGAAGGAUCUCUAACAGCCAUCUGAAGUUAUCACUAUGCUGUAAUGUAAACACUGCAUUUUCUCUGAAAAGACAGUGCUUACAGCAAAAAGCCUGAAGGUAAUGAUUCUACUCACAGAACAAAUUCAAUAAGCUGUAGUUGGUCUAAUAACCAUAGUGUCCCUUUAAGCUACCAAAUAUGAGGUCUUCUGGUAAACAAGAUGGCUGCUCCCUGUCGCCUUGUUUUAAAAUUGCUAAUAACAAUUAUAUAGGCUUUUAACUGCUAGUUAAGAUCAGGUAAUUGUACUAUUUUAUUUAUCAAGAGACUGUGCAAACUGUUCCAAAUGUAUUUCACAACCUGCUUUUCUACCACCAUCAAAUACAUAUGUACAACACUCAGGAAUAACAAAAAGAUUUAAAUCCCUAUAACACAUUUUUAUUUGCUUGGUGUCCGGAGUGUUCUCCCUUUGAAGUCUGUUGAGUACAGUUAGCAGCUUUGUGAAAGCGUUUUAAGAGUUAAUAGUUCUGUUGGUUGUUUGCCAUCUCCUAGCUGCUGGAUUAGGAAAUGAAUGUUUGUAUGAGCCCAAUCUGUUCUUGCUAUGCACAGAAAUGGAAAAGCUUUGCUGGCUUCUACGCACUGUUUGUUUCCAUAGGGUUUUGGUGACAUGGUUAAGAGUGGAAUUUUUCAAUUGCUGUAUCUGUACGUAGACCUGCUCCGAACACCUGUCCCGCCAUCUGCUUUCUAAAUGUGCACUUAGUGAGCUGACUCUGCGUUUUGGCAUGUUGUACAGCAGGAAAUUUUAAUGAUGUACAUUUAAUAUGUUUCCCAAUUUGGAACCUAUAGGAUGCAUUUGCAUGUAUUAUUAAACACAACAAGCCUAACAUAAGUGUUGGGUUUCUGCAAAAUCUUUGUGAAAUUAAACUGUAUGGGGACCUUACAAACUAGUGAAGGCAUGCUUCUCAAAAAAGUGUAUUAAAAAGUAAUUGAAAUGGGUUGUCCCCUACAGGGAUCCUAUAAGUAUUUUAUUUAUUUUUUUAGAGUACUGCUACAGUCUAUGUUCAAUCAGGAAACAUAAUUAAUUUUCUACCUCAAAACCAUUGCUUUACUAAGUGGUAAAUAAAACUAUUUUAAAAAAUGACCACUACAUUUUAGUAAAAAAGGUAUAUGUUUAUGCUACAAUGAAUGUCAAUGCUAUAUUCCAAGACUACCGUAAAGUGAGCAUCAUACAACAAAUAUUAUUGUCAAAAUUACCACUUUGGAUAAAACUGACCUUCCAGACAAGGAGGCAACAUUUAGAUUUUUGUACCACAACUACUCUAGCAAGUUGAAAUGGUUUUGGUGCUUAGAGUAACAUUUUAAAUUUUAAAACAGUUAAGUCACACCAUAACCACUAGAAUGUUGAAGUGGUUCUGGUGCCAGAAGCCCCAUGCUGAUGUUGCACUGCACCUGUUGUAACAAGUUCCAAACUCUUUUUAAAACUUAUCUGGGUGCCUGUGAUUAGUCAUCUUUUUCAUUAGAAUCAUUGUUCAGUUUCACAGUAGCUGGUAAAGCCCUGUUAUGAGACUUGGAUACCUCACAAAAACUUAACUUGAGUAAAUUUGACCAGGUUACCGCAUGACAGCUAGGCGCAACUUGGAUUAAAAUUCCCAUCCAUUAGGAGCACACAUGGUUUAACGAUGAAAGGGAGUGUGGGAGGAAAGGUAGAAACUAUUUGUACAGGUCUGGUAGAUGUCAUUAUGGAAGAACCGUACGCAUACCAUCAAAUCUUCCUCCAGUCUAAAAUCCCUUAAGAGAUCUCUGUCAAUAUAUUUCAAAUCAGAAUACACCAGGAAUCAUGGCUGGUUAUAUUUUUUUUUCCCUGUCCUGUGUUAAGUUUAUAUUUGUAUAUUUUAAUAUUAUUUUGUAUUUGCAAUAUUAUAUUGUAACAAUGCAAUGUUUGUGGGCCCAGGACACACUUGAAAACGAGAGAAAUCUCAACGUAUCCAUCCUGGUAAAAUAUUUUAUAAAUAAAUAAAAGUUAUUUUUAAAUAUUUUCUAACAUCUGGCACCUGAAUUAACAAUUGAUGUGCAAUAUUUGUUGUAAUAAUGCCUUUAUGUCUCUGUAUAAACUGAUCAUGAUUACAAGUAAUGUGGUAAAAGCACAUUAUUAAGUGCAAUGCCUUAUUGUCUCUAUGGUUUCUGCCGUCAGGAACAGGAAGCACAGUGGUGAUUAUGGUUUGGUAUACAAAAGCAAUGGAAAUAUUGGAGCCACUCAGAAGAGACAUACCUGUCAAGAUGGACAUCUCUGUGGGUACCCGCCAUGUCCAGGAGAUCAGUGGGCAGUCUGUGGUGUUUGUGGCCAUCGCUUUCAUUACAAUGAUGAUCAUCUCGCUGGCCUGGUUAAUAUUCUACUACGUGCAGCGCUUCCUGUACACUGGAGCUCAGUAUGGAAAUCAGGUAGUUAAGACAGCUGGUACUGAUGUUGAAUUAACUUGGUGGGUAGAUUUCCUGUUUCACAUAUAAAAGGACAUGUUUUAUUCUGAAAUACAACUUGCAGCCCUGCCAGUUGGGCACACAAGGUGUAUGCAGGAUAUUGUAUUUGAGAAUUGGGAGCUUGGUGGAUUUAUUUUGGAUUGUUGGUAAUUUAAACUUGUAUUUCCAUGUUUAAAUUUACAUCCUCAAAUAUAGGUACCUUUGUGGAUGUCAAUUUAAAUAUGACAGCAGGAGCUUAAAUUACCAAAAUUCUUGUUCUGAGUCUCUUCUUUAUGAUGUCCUUUAGCUGUCACUCAUUGCUCUAAAACUCCGUACCUCUUUUGUACUUUACUCAGUGCUUUGUACGCUUUACAAUUGUGAAAUGGUCCAAUGCUCUAAGUAAAACAGGCAUUAAUAUGCGGCAUAACAUAAUCCAAGAGUUUAUUUGUAGAACUGACAUGGUAUAAGUGGUAUUUCUACUGGCAAUAAUGUCCUCUUUGUUUUGUUCAAGGCUAACCGCAAAGAAACCAAAAAGGCAAUCAGCCAACUUCAGCUGCACAGAGUAAAGAGAGGAGAAAAGGUAAAUGUCUUUGACUUUGUUAAUGUAACGUAUACAGAGAGAACAUGCAGGGUUAUUUACUAAAUUCUGAAUUGUAGCAAAUUAAAAAUCUGAAUGUCAGUAUUAAGACUAAACUAGCUGAUCUGAUAUAAUUCUUCAACACAUCUAUAGUCAUAGCUUGGCUGUUUUAGUGUAUGUUUUGCCAUUAAGAGUUCAGUUAUCUAGUGGGUAAUUACAUACCUGUACCAAAAUACUUAGGUUUAAAGUGUAAUUACAGUAACACUGGGUGAUCCCCUUCCUCCCAUAACAGCCAGGAGCCUGCAAUUAUUCUAAGUAGCAUAAAUAAGUGUAUCGGGCAGACAGCGACUAGGAGCUUCCAGCAGAAAUAAAUUCAUACUAACACUUAAUAGGUUAAUACUUCACCUAUUUGAUGUCGGGCAUCAGCAUGCAAAGUAUGUUGACAGCAGAUGUUGUGUGCCUCUGAUCCUAUGAAAUGUAUUGAAUUCAAUGCUUCUCAUAGAGAGGCAUUGGAUUGGUGGUUUUUGUUCAUUCGGCAGUUGUGUUCAUUCGCCACGUUUCUUCAGUGUUUCUAUAACUUCACAGAAGGAGAAUCCUAUUUUUUUACACUUGUUUUUGUAACAGGAUAUAUUGAUCCCUUGACAUGUUUGUAAUAGGUGACAGCAUUAAUAUUCUUAAUUUGGCCAGAAGUACACUUAUUUCUCUAAUAAGGCUUCAAGUAAAUGUAAUAUUUAUACAGUGAAGUAUUUGAUCCCCUGAUGAUUUUGAACAUUUGCCCAAUGACAAAGAAAUGAUCAGUCUAUAAUUUUAAUGGUAGGUGUAUUUUAACAGUGAGAGACAGAAUAACAAAAAAAUACAGAAAAAAUACAUGUAAAAAAAGUUAUAAGUUGAUUUGCAUGUCAAUUAGUGAAAUCAAUCAGCAAGAUUUCUGGCUCCCAGGUGUCUUUUAGACUGGUAACGAGCUGAGAUUAGGAGCACUCUCUUAAAGGACCACUAUAGUGCCAGGAAAACACUCUCUUAAAGGACCACUAUAGUGCCCUGAGGGUGCCCCCACCCUCAGGGACCCCAAAUAUACCUACCAUUAAAAUUAUAGACUGAUCAUUUCAUUGUCAGUGGGCAAACGUUCAAAAUCAGCAGGGGAUCAAAUACUUUUUUUCCCCUCGCUGUAAUGUGUUGAUAAAAGUUAAAAGAAAAAUAACAGUAGGUGGAAUUUUUUCUUAUCUUGAAGUGUGCCUCAGUCGCAAAAUGCUGUGAACCUCUGAUCACUGUUCGAAGGAACACAUCAUACUUAAGGGGACACUACAGGCACCCAGAUCACUUCAUCUCAUUGAAGUGGUCUGCGUGCAGUGUCCCUGUCCCCUCAACUCUGGUUUGAGAGUAACUGCAAUGUUUACAUUGCAGAGUUAAGACAACCACUAGACAACACUGCUGUUCAAUUCAAACAUCAUUUUAUAAGGUCACUGUAACCUAUUUUGAGAGUUAAAGGACCACUAUAGUGCCAGGAAAACAUACUCGUUUUCCUGGCAUUAUAGUGCCCUGAGGGUGCCCUUACCCUCAGGGUCCUCCUGGAUGGAGAGGAAGGGGUUAAACUUACCUAUUUCUCCCGCGCCGGGCGGGGAGCUCUCCUCCUCCCCUCCGCCUCCUCUUCGGCUGAAUGCGCAUGCGCGGCAGGAGCUGCGUGCGCAUUCAGCCAGUCUCAUAGGAAAGCAUUUGCAAUGCUUUCCUAUGGACGCUGGCAUUUUCUCACUGUGAUUUUCACAGUGAGAAGCACGCAAGCGCCUCUAGCGGCUGUCAAGAGACAGCCACUAGAGGCUGGAUUAACCCUAACAUAAACAUAGCAGUUUCUCUGAAACUGCUAUGUUUAUAAAAAAAAAGGGUUAACCCUUGCUGGACCUGGCACCCAGACCACUUCAUUAAGCUGAAGUGGUCUGGGUGCCUAUAGUGGUCCUUUAAAACUUGCCUUUUUAAUAGUGAUGUCUACUCGGAUUUAUUUCACUCAAACAUCCAAUACAGAAUUAUUCUGGGUACUUGUGUAAAUUCUAAUUCUUAAUUCAAUGUCACCUACCUACACAUGAGUUUUGUAUUCCGUAAUACCUGUUGAAGUGGUGUUCCAUUUGUUUCUAAAAUAGUGGACCUUACCUCAUCAUGUUUUGUUUGCUUCAUGUCGAUAUCUUGCAGUUGUUUUUAAGAAGUGAGAACAUAUUGCGAUCGAUUUUGCUAAAAUUUUGAGUAUAGUGCUUCCAUUUAAUGGAUAUGUUGGGUAUGAUAGGAAGUAAGACACCCAAUGUAGCGGGGUCCUCGUAGGUUAAUUCAUUUUUAAGUGAUCAGUUAUUCACAAAAGUGAGAAUAGUUAGUUAUUCAAAAUUAAAUUACAAAUUUAAAGCCAAAAUAGCUGAACUGGUAACAUGCUCCAAGUAUUUUGGACAGUUUGGCUAUAUUUUGGUUUAAAUGUUAACGUUCACUUUGAAUUCCAGCCAGUAUGUGUGAAGUGCAGUGUGCAUGCCCCUCAACUGUCUUGCGUUUGGCAGGACAGUCCUGAUUUGCUGUCCCACCAUUCUUCUUUAGUGCCCUGGUGUUCCCAGGUGGGGUGUCGCUGAGUAGCUCAGCAUGAGUGCAUCAUUAAAUACGCUCACUUUGUGCAGCAGGCACUAGGACCAUCUAGGGAGCGCUUUACAGCAUUCCCUGUACGGUCCUAAUAGCUGGGGGCUGGCCAUGCUGUUUGUCAGGUAUGGGUCGGCACCUUUUUCAGGCUGGCCUUUUCAGAUAUUUUGACAUUUUUUGGCACAAUUUAUUAAAUCUAUAGCGUUUUUCAUAUGCUGCUCCUUUUGUGCCCUAAUUGCUAUUUUUCCAUGCAGGCCAUUUUUCGCCGUUGAGACUCGACCAAUUUAUUGAGUUUUUUUUUACUCCGAUUAAAAGUCAUCUGCUUUCUAAUGCCCAACAAUAUAUAUUGGUGCCUGUGCACACACAGCUACUAGUAAGUCUCUUUCAGUGGUUUCAUACCCCACCUUCCCAUCUUACAUAGUAUUUCUCAUUGAAACCUCUUCAGCUUACUUUCUUUGGAUACUGUGUAGCUUUGAUAUUGACCUACCAGUAACCCUUUAAGUAAUUAUACUUGUCUGGUACAAUUGUGAUGUAUUGUAUUAUUGUCUGUUAUAUAUUUACAAAAACGUGGAUACUUACGCUUUCUGACUUAAGCUGUAAUUAUAAUGGUCCACAUUCUUUAUUAACACUCUUUUUUUCCACCACACUUAAUUUUGCAGUCUUUUUUAAGACCGUGUGCGCUGUUGUGGCUUAUUUUCUAUUUAUAGCAUUGCAGUAUUGUGUAUGUUUUUCUGUUCUUUGCUAUUUCAUAUAUGAGUCUGUAUAUACUUGUUAUGUAAAAAGCAGAAACACAGGGGGAUAAGUUCAGAAAAUCACUUUAUCACAACAUUUUUAUUUUAGCGUUCCACUGUUUUCUUUCCUUUAUAUUCUCCAAAAUGUAAAUUUUUUUUGCAACCAGAUUACAGACCACAUAUAAAAGACACUUUUCCAAACACUAGAUUAGAGAAGGGAGAAGGCACACAUGCAAAAGACAUUGCAAAUAAACCGAAUGUUUAUUGUGGUUCAGUAAAUCUGCCUUGGACCUUCUCCAAUUUGCACACAGUCCUUUACUUUGUUGGACUUUUCAGAGCACUUUGAUAAAUCUCCCCCAGUGUGUCUGAAUGACGAAGUCUCUUGAUGGCCAGUACUUGAAUGCUGUAGUGUACUGGCAUGGAUGCUUAGUGUGUGUGUGUGAAUGUGAGGGAGUAUUUGCAUCAGAUGUCAGCGUGUGAAUGCAGGCAUCUACCGGAAUGAAUGGUUUGACAUGCUGAAUAAGUUCGUUGUUGGGCAAGUUAGAUUAGAAACAUCAGUCAUCAUCUAUAAUUAGUGUGUUUGAACCAGAUAGUCAGUUUCACGACUACAAGCAAAAGAGGACAACCUACAGCCCAGUCAAACUGACAUUUUUUUUGCUACAGUUACUGUGCGUGUCGUUUAUUAUUACCUAUAAAAGCUUAAUGCACUGCAAUCAUUUGAAUGAUAAGUUCUAUAAACAAGUGUAAUUAACACGGCACAACAUUUACACCAGUCAUUGUGUUAUACAACGCUAAAUGCUUUUUAUUGCUCUUAGAGGAAAUGAGAUCUAAAAUGACAUGGUAUAAAAAGGAUGUCAGAUCUGGAGACUUGUCAUGACUUUGCUUGCCAUGUUCUGCCAGCACUGAUGUAUGACUGUUCUGUAAGGAUUCAGUGUGUGAUUGAGGCACAAGUUGACUGAAUUUAGACAGGCCUGUACAGCCGUCAAUAUAUCAGGACAUGCAGCAUUCCUGCAACACAGGAUGUGACUCAUACAAUUUUCCUCUAAUUUUUUCCGGCAGUGAUCCUUAUGAGGUGAGAUGUAAUCAGAUUAACAUUUGUAUUUUCUUUUUCUUUUUUUAUAUAGGGAAUAGAUAUAGAUGCUGAAAAUUGCGCGGUGUGCAUUGAAAAUUACAAACCCAAAGAUGUUGUGCGAAUCCUGCCAUGCAAGUAUGUAUUAUUAUUAUUGGUAUUUAUAUAGCGCCAGCUUUUUCCGCAGCGCUUUACAAUAAAAGAGGGAUUUACCAGAUGAGACAAUAACAAAAUGUAACAGGAACCAUAGGUAGUUGAGGACCCUGCUCAAACGAGCUUACAGUCUACUCUAGAGGAUCAAAAAUGACUUAUAGAGGUUUUGUAAGGCAAUAUGUAAUUUAAUUGUGGUUGUCAAUUGUGUAAUUGAUAACGCACCAGUGACCAUGGUGGAAAUUCCUACUAAUUAUUAUAUUAUAUUCUUUUUAAACAAAUAGAUGCUUGCUUUAUUUUUUUGUGUGUAAAGGCCCAAAUAUUAUUAUUUCCGAGUUACUCCAAUCCUUUUUAAUGAAUAUAUAUUUUUUAAAUUUAAAAUGUCCUGUUGGGCAUUAGUAACCCUUUAAGUUUUAAAACCAAGAAGUUUUAUCUUUUACAUUCUGAAAAACAGUUAAAGGUCUAUUCCAUCCACCAUGGCCAUUUCAGUGAUUUCAAGUGGUCAUGGUAGUAGGAGUAUGUAUGUGCAGUGUUUCAGCUUGAGAUAUGUUACACCCCCAGCACACGUGACACUGGCAGCCAAAAACGCUGGGCUACUUAGUGUCAAUUCUUAGCAUAUUUAAUGUGCAUGCUGCCGACAGAUGUUAAAAUCUCUGCCAACAAGGGAAAGCUAGCUUUUCCCUUCUACCUCUGGCAGUUUCUUGUUUCAUUAAACACCCUCCACCUUCAUAAUCCCUUCCUCGGCCUCACUAUCCUUGCUGGCCCAUAGCUCAUGCAAUUAGUCCAAUCACAGGCUUCUAUAUGAGUAGUCUUUGAAUGGACUGUGCAUGUCCCCAUUGAUGUCAGAAGGGGGCAUGGAAGUCACGACAGGAGCUUCGCCAAGUACUGGGUUCCUUGCAGAAUAUUGAUUGGUUAUUAUAACACACUAAUAAUAUGUAAAGUCAUGUGAUAUGUGAUUUCAUGCUGAUCGUGCGCACCCUAUGCACAUUUUUGCUAUACCCAUUUAAAGUAGUAUGCUGAUUUGUGCAUGUCAUCUGUCAAUAUGUAUUUUGGAUUUUAUCCCUGAUUUAGAACCUUUUUUUUUUUUUUUGUCAAUCUCUGUUUUAUUGAGGCAAAAAGAUAUAUGGUACAGAAUAAACAAUAGGAAGUGUCAAACAAGGGGUGUAAAGCAUGCACAAUGAACACAUAUUGUUAUUGGAAAUUCCAUCUUAAAACUGCCCACACCCUUUUAUAUUAUCUUAUUCUUUCUUUGGCAUCACUUUUUGAUUUUGAAGAUUUUGAAUAAACAAAUGUAUGGUUGUCUAGAUUCCCAUUUACUGUACCAUAUACCUGUAAUAAAUUAACACCAGAUAUACAUAAAGCACUUCAGCAUUUUAGCACUUUUUAUUUUAGCAGUUUUGAAAAGUGUCGGUUUCAACAGAAAUCAACACUUUUAUAAUUAGGGGCAGAAACACCUCCCUGGAUUUCACUUCACUCUGUGGAGCAAACAGAAGUGGCAGGUGUGCUAAGCUUCAACCAUGCUGGCUGAGAAUGGUAUUUAUAGUGUAUACACUUUAUUUUAGAUGUUUGUACAUUUAUCUGUCUUUUUCCCUCUUUACACUUUAGACAUGUUAACCACAUCUUCUGCUUUCCUUUCAGUCAUAUUUUCCAUCGAUUAUGUAUAGAUCCAUGGCUGCUUGAACACAGGACGUGUCCAAUGUGCAAACUAGAUGUCAUUAAAGCUCUUGGAUAUUGGGUAUGUAGAUCAUCAAAUACAAAUUCAUACGGUACAUGUGUAUGGCAUGAUAUGUACACACUGCAGUCAUUGAUUAAUGUCUACAUUCUUCAGCAAAAACCUUAAACCAAUAAAAUAUGCAUGAACCAGAUGCCUUCUUGUAAUGUCUGUGUUCUCCAACAAAGAGAAAGAGAGCUAUAUAACUGUGAUUGGAAGCCCCGUUUUAGUAUCUGCAUGUGCCAGCUUUUGUUCCUUUUUUAUUCCAAGUGCACUGUGUUCUGCGACUUCUCUGUUUUGUAGCACAGUUAGGCAGUGCAUGUCUAGUCUUGUGACACUGUACAGAUAAGUUCUGUUUCCAAUAAACUCUGCAGUUAGCUAGAACAGAAAUAUGCUUAUAUUAAUGUUUAUUUAUAAUCAAAAUAAAAAAUGAUGACAGUGCCUUUUAAUAGCUUUUCAGUGAAUCUCACGGCUUAGCUUUGCUCCAUGGGACAGCCAUUUCGAAGCUCCUUACACAUUUUUGGAGAUGCCUGGUGCUUACGCACGAUCAGGAUAAAAGAACCCAAGCCUUUUCUUAUGUACUCAGUUUAUAGUCAGAUUAGCUGGGCUUCCGAUCAAAGAGGAUUUAAAGAUGCCGACCCCCAUAGAGAGGGGGGGGGGGGGUAGGCCAGAAACUGAAAACAUUUAUUUUAUUUUGCAUGGCAUACAUAAUAAUACACAUAAUGACUAUAAUACAUAUACAUUUUUUUUUAAUAAUGCUGAUGUGGCCCUACUUGUUCAAAUCUAUUGACAACUUUUUAUGCAAUUGAGUGAGUCAGCAAGUAAGCAUUUUAGGUAAUUUUUUCUCGUUUAUACUUGUAUUACACCUGUGUCAUUAAUGUAAAAUUUUAAUGAGUAAAAAAGGGGGGGGGGAUUGCGGUGCACACCCAGAACAUGUAUUUCUUGGCAUUGGUGCUGCCAUUAAGACCAAAACAUAUACAAAAUACAUUCAUUUAAACUUUUGUCACACAUAGGUGGAUCCUGAAGAAACACUGGACAUCCCUGUGCCUGAAUCCAUGGCAGGCAGCAGCCUCUCUGUUGGGACUUUAAGUGUUGCUCAGGAGGACAACAGGAGUGAAACAAACAACUUACCUAGUUACUCCACAGACGAUUCAUUAUCACAAUGUAACAGUGCCAAGGAAGACGCAGGGGAGACUACUGCACUGUUAGGUAUGCACAUUUAGUGUUUCUCAAAUGCAUUGGUGGAGGUGAUAACAGUAAAUAUUACUAGUCUCAGGACAUCACAUAGACCGUUUCUAUUUUUCCAUUUGCAUUAAUUCUUAUUAUUGGUUUUGAUUAUAGCUGCCUUACUAAUCUCUUGGGGUUUCCACUUACAAAAGCAGUCCUCCAAUUGACUAUUCUGCCCCUUCUAAAUAGAAUUAAAUUUUGGCACCAUGUGUGAUGUUAAGCCCUGGUAUAAUAUUUGUUUUCAGAAGUUAGAGAAGGCCUUGUCUGUCAUAGCUUGAUUAACUCAUUUAAGUGACAUUCUCCACAUCAUAGAUUCAUACUAUAGCUCAUGGCAUCGAUUAUGAAACAACAAGGCUCUAGGUGCUGUUCUCCAGUUUUUGUUUGUCAGUGUGCAGCAUUUCUUUGUCUCUACUAGUAGUGUUAUGUUUAUACAACAUGCCACAGCAGAAAUAAAAAAGCAAAUUACACUUUCCACAGAGACUCACCUUUUUGGAUGAGAUAGAUUCAUGUAAAUAUGUGCUGUAUAAAGGCUAUUACUGAACUGUCCCAUUUACAGAAGUAAUUGUAAUUCUAUAAACAAAAUGACAAACGUAUAAAAUAAAUAUUUUAAUAAAGUACUGUAUCUGCUGACGAGGUUAAAAACUUGCUGCUACAAUAUGGCAAAUUCUAAAGCAAUUUAUUUUGUUAUUGUUAUGUAGACAGAAAUGACACUGGUUCUUUGUACCUGCUCCAUAUACAACAGCAAACAGUAUCACCACCCAACAGAGAAGUCACGUAAUAUAAUUCAUGCAAAAUAUUUGAAAACAUUUUAAUCAGAUUUUCAAAAACGUUUAAGUUGGCAACCUAAAUAAUGUUAUUUUAUUAAAUAGGGAGUUUUUACUUUUCUACAUACCCUUACUUUUGGCAAAAAUAAAUUGUUGUCCGUGGUGUAGAUGUGUGCGUGGAUAAACACUUUACCACUUCUUUUUUGCAGAUGACCCUUGCAAUGAAGAUAUACCAGAAGAGCAGCUACAGACCUCAGGAAGCCAUUCUUCUCAUUAACAUUCCCUCAUGGUGGACAUUUUGGACUGCUUUAGAACUAAUUUUAGUUUUUAUUUCAUUGGUUUUAAGAAGCCAUGAAUGAAAGCUUUUGCUUGAGAAAUAAAAGAAAACUGACCCACAUUUGUUUUCUACUAAUAUAAAAUCCUUUGAUUGUGUGGUGGCGUUUGACAGUGGUCUUACUCAUUUUGAAGGUCUGGUGUGUUUCUCCAAGAACCAGUUCCACGUUAAUCUUGGAUCUGACAAUGGAUAUCUCUAUAUCAGAUAGUUUUGGAACUUCUUACAGUUGGCCACAUCAUUUUUUUGUGUGUUUGUGUGUGUUUACCAAACAUUUGGAUGCCACUGUCUAAAGAAGUAGACCUUUUCAGCAAACCAAAAACUGCUGGCGCUAUUUUUACUUUAUUUUAAAGUAAUUAUCAGUGGUCAUUCUUUUGUGCUCUGCAUCACUGUACUAGAACUCUGAAAAUCAACACGAUCAACAAGGCACUUAUUUAAUGAAAAGGAUGGUGUGUGCAGAGGAAGAGGGUGCAUUCACAACUCCCUUCAUGAGACACUCACACACUACAGGACUUCAAUGAUUAAGCUGAUGUGUUUUUGUAGGACUCUAAAAUCCACUCAGGAAUCUGUCUGAUGAACCAGGUUCUAUUUACUUGGAUCCAGCUCAGGAAUCUGUGUGCGACGGUAGCAACGAACAAACUCCAUCCUUGAGGAUAGAACGCACAGCAGAAAGCUUUCUAGGGGGAUGGGCAUAACCCACAACUCUUGUAACCGUUUACCUGUUAGUUUGACCAAAGGCUGGUGAAAUUGUUUUCUUUUUUUUUUCUUUUGUGUUUACAAAUGUUAAAUAUAUUCAUACCUAAGCAAAUAUGUACGACAUUAUAUACUGCUCUGAACAUACCGUAUACAGAAGAUGAAAUUAAAAAGCCUUUUGAUGGGUUCUAACAAAUCUAAA